AUGUCCAGCAGUAACAAGGAAGUAAGUACUAGAAUCUUCACUAGCCACAGACAUUGGUGUAUCUUGGAUUUGUGCUACCCUAGGCACGACUAAAUUCAGAGACACCCCUAAUCUGAAUUUACCCCACCACUUUGUGUCAAGGCCACUUUUCUGACUGAUAGAUGCACGCCCUCAUUAACACAUGCACUGACAUACACUCACUGACAGAUACACAGUCAUUGGCACACGCAUCCAGUCAUUGGCACACACACUGUUUAACAACCCACACUUUCAAUGACAGACACACACACACUGACACACCCACUCACUGACAGGCACACAUACACUGACAUACACACACUGACACAAACAUCCUCACUAAUUUGACACACUCUGACAGACACACACAUUCACUCACAGAAACACUGAGACCAAAACAUACACUGACAUACACACACUCACUGACAGACACACAAACACUCACUAACAGACACACAAACACUUUCUGACAGACACACACACUCCCUGACAGAAGCACACACUCGCUGACAGACACACACUUAGUGACAGACACAGAGAUACUCACUGGCAGACACACACACACACUCACUGACAGACACACAUUCUCAAUGGCAGACACACACACACUAACUGACAGACACACACUCACUGACAGACACAGACAUACUCACUGGCAGACACACACACACACACACACUCACUGACAGACACACUCACUGACAGACACACACACACACACAGACACACUAACUGACAGUGACAUACACAGACAUACUCACUGGCAGACACACACACACACUCACUGGCAGACACACACAACACAUUCACUGACAGACACACACAAAGACACACACACUUUCUCAUACACUUACCAAGUAUUAUUUUUUUAAAUAAUUUAAAUCCACAUAGCCUCCCUUCCUUUGGGAGAGAUGGAGUGAAUCCUGUCCCUGGGGCUGGGCGGGCUCCUGCUGGCUGGAGGGGUGGGAAGGCUCGUUGCUGGCUGGGCUCACAGGGCUGGAAGCCUCCUUGCUCGCUGGGCUUACUUUGAUGGCUGUCCGCGCAGGCGCUCAAUGGAGGUGGCGAGGAAACUGCGCUAUUCCUGCUCUGCACCCUCGCGCACCGCUGGGGCCAGAGUGACGUCAAAUUCCGGCUCAAAGGACUGCGCUCCCUCGCCGCCCGCCUACACUUAGAGACAGCUAAAUGCCUCGGGAGGACCCAACGGUGGCCAGCCGGCCACCUCUUGGCCCCCCCAAGACAUGAGGCAAACAAGGCACUUAGGUAGCCGGUUUUUUUUUUGGGUGGGGGAUAAAGUGGGCAAGCCAGUGAUGUCAUUGUGAUGCUGGCUCUGCCCAAAGAAGUGCAUCUACCCAGAAAGAGAAGGGUCCAAUCAAGCAGGCCAACCCAUUGAGGGCAAACCAAUGCGCGAUUUCAGUGCACUCUGCAGGUUAUUAGAGCCCUGAGUGUAGAUCAAAUGCAUCUAAUGAUCCGCUCACCCUAUGCUUUUAGGGGACAGUUCUCUGGUGCCUCCAAAAAACGGGACACCAGGGAACAAACCUGGAUAGAACCUGAAAAUUGGGACUGUCCCGACAAAAUCGGGCCUAUUAGGAGGCAUGUCUGUUUGCUUUCUCUAUGCUGACUGCCAGGUGCAAAGCACAGAGUUUAUAAUAAUAAGUAAGCUCGUUUGACCAGCACCCAAAACCCGGUCUAAACCCCAUGUCUGGUUACAGAUACUCGUCUGUCAGACCAUUGUACUGCGCUGCGGAAUAUGUUGGCGCUUUAUAAAUAUUAUUAAUAAUAAUAAUGAUUGACAGGGACCUAAGAUGGAGGCGGCCAGUUGCAGGAUAAAUAGUUGUGGAUUUCUGUAUUUAGUUUUAUUUUUCAUACCUCACAACAUUUUGUAAAUAUAGAGAUAAACAAACAUAAUAUUAAUUAAAAACCAUGGUUGGUGACAGUUCCCCUUUAAGUGGUGGUAAAAAGGUGUUCUGACUACAACUCCCAUGAUGCAACGUGUCUGCCAUGUUAGGUUUAUAUGUUUAUGUCCAGCCCUUCUAAUCACUCAAAAUAAAUAGAUCCCAACACCUCCUUCCCAUGUAAUCACAGCGACUGGAACAGCUCCGCCCACGCGCCCUGCGAUUGGUCACAAUCUGCCUCUCUUAGUGUUCUCAUUGGUUACAGCCCGCCAUCUCCAUAUUGUGAUUGGCUUAGUUUUCUCGUCUCUGAUUGGUCGCCUUGUUCCUUUUGCUGUCAUUGCCCGGUCCUCUCGACCUAUAGUAGUCCUGAUUGCGGCCUUUAAUAAUUGUUUUUUUUUCCUUUCCCCAUUUUGAUUGGUCAAAGCUCAUCGCCGGUUCCCGCCCACUUCUCAAGUCGAUUGGUCCCUGCCUUCGAGAAGCCGGCGUGCGCGCGCGCCCUCGCUGGGUCCCUGUGCGCGUGCCCGUGUCUGCCUUAUUCUCAGGCUUCGUGCUGCUGCCGGGAGCGCGCUGCGCGUUCCCACCACUCUCUCCUCCCCCCCCACUGCCUGAGCCUCUCUCCCACUCUAUCCUAUUCUUAUUUAUUUAUUUGUAAUUAGCCAUUUUUAAUGAGGCGUUAGCUGCUGCUGUCCCCACGCAGGACAGUAAAUCCUCCUCCCUGUGUGGGCUCCCCUGUGUGACAGCCUGUGAGCUGGUAAGUGGGGCUCUCCUUUAUUUAUUUAUUAUAGAGAGGGGGGGGGGGCUGGGAAAUAAAAGGGGGGCACUGCUAUGGCAUGGCAGGGCUGGGGAAAUAAAGGGGCACUGCCCAUGGCAGGGCUGGGGGCUAGAGGAAAAGGGCAAAGGGGCUGGGGCUGCCCAUGGCAGGGGCUGGGGGCUGGGAAAUAAAGGGGGCACUGCCCAUGGCAGAGGUGGGGUGCUGGGGAAAGCAAAAAGGGGCUGGGAAAUAAAGGGGCACUGCCCAUGGCAGAGGCUGGGAAAUAAAGGGGGCACUGCCCAUGGCAGGGCUGGGGAGGGAAAUAAAAGGGGCUGGGAAAUAAAGGGGGCACUGCCCAUGGCAGAGGCUGGGGAAAUAAAGGGGCACUGCCCAUGGCAGGGAGCUGGGAAAUAAAAGGGCACUGCCCAUAUAAAGGCUGGGGUGCUGGGAAAUAAAGGGGCACUGCCCAUGGCAGAGAGGCUGGGGAAUAAGGGGCACUGCCCAUGGGGAGCUGGGAAAUAAAAGGGGCACUGCCCAUGGGAAAUAAAGGGGGCACUGCCCAUGCUGUGCAGGGCACUGUUGGGCCCAGAGGCAGCUGGGAAAUAAGGGGGCUGCCCAUGGCAGGAGGCUGGGAAAUAAAAGGGGGCACUGCCCAUGGCAGAGAGGUGCUGGGAAAUAAAAGGGGGCACUGCCCAUGGCAGGAGGAUGUGCUGGGAAAUAAAGGGGACACUGCCCAUGGCAGGGGUGCAUAAAAGGGGGGCACUGCCCAUGGCAGGGGGGGAGGGGUGCUGGGAAAUAAAAGGGGGGCAUUGCCCAUGGGGGGGGGUGCUGGGAUUAUUUAAUAUGGUGGGGGCUGCCAUGCCCUGGGGCAGGAGGCCCUGCUUGGCACAGGGCUAGGAGGGGGCACUGGGGUGGCAUACAAUUUUUUUCUAUAUCUCUGAUGUCAUUAUUGGUACAGGUGAUGUGGGAAGCCCUGCUUGGCACCGGGCUAAGAGUGGGCAUGGGGCAUUGGGGUGGCAUAGAGCAAUUUGGAUUAUUUAUAUAUUCCUGUAUAUCUAGCUGUCAUGUAUUGGUACAGGUAAUGUUGUGGGAGGCCCUGGUGGGCACAGGGCUAAGAGUGGGCAUGGGGCAUUGGGGUGGCAUACAGUAAUUUGGAUUAUUUAUAUAUGCCUGUAUAUCUAGCUAUCAUGUAUUGGUACAGGUAAUGUUGUGGGAGGCCCUGGUGGGCACAGGGCUGGGAGGGGGGACUGGGGGUGGCAUACAGUCAUGUGGUUAAUUUAUUAUCAUUUUCUAUAUCUCUGAUAUCAUGUAUUGGUACAGGUAAUGUUUGGGGAGUCCUUGGUGGGCUCAGGGCAGGGAGGGGCACAGGUAAUAUAUUGGGCACUGGGGUGGCAUACAGUAAUUUGGAUUAUUCAUCUAUUCCAAUAUAUAUAUGGCUAUCAUACAUUGGUACAGGUGGUGUUUGGGGAGGCUCUGGUGGGUACAGGGCACAUGGGGUGGCAUACAGUCAUUUGGUUUAUUAUUUGUCUUCUAUCCGGCUAUCAUGCAUUGGUACAGGUGAUGUUUGGGGAGUCCUUGGUGGGCACAGGGCAGGGAGUGGCACAGGUAAUAUGUUGGGCACUGGGGUGGCAUACAGUAAUUUGGAUUAUUUGUCUAUUCCUGUGUAUCUGGCUAUCAUGUAUUGGUACAGGGGGGGAGCCCUGGUGGGUACAGGUCUGUGAGAGGGCACUGGGGGUGGAAUAGUCAUAUGUCUUAUGUUAUUUGACUAAAUAUCUAUAUAUGUUUCUGUCACAGGGUUGGGAGAGACCAUUGUUAGUACAGGUCAGGGAGGGGACACAUUUGUGGGUACAGGGCUUGGAGAGGGCACUGUGGUCGGUGUACAUUAAUUUGAUUUGUUGUUAUUGGGUUUACCGGUAUAUUUUGCUUAUAUAUAGGUACGCAAGUGGUUGGGUAGGCCUGGUGGGUACAAAGCAGUACAUCCAUUUGGUUUAAUAUCAUUUUCUGUAUGUUUUGACUGUCAUUAUUUGGUACAGAGGGACUUGAAAGAUUCCCUGGUCUAGACAGGGAGGGGGCACUUUGGUGGCAUACAGUAAAUUAACGUAUUGAUUAGAAAUUAUAGCUUCAAUAAAAUGAUGCAUGGCUUGAUAGGGAAAAUCUUGGGUACAGUGUGGGGGUGUUGGCAUACAGUCAUUUUAUUCAUAAAUUCAAUUUAUUCAUGUGGCUGCCAUGCUGGUGCAAGCAUGAUAUAAAAUUGAAGAGGCCACUGACAAGGCAGAGUGGGUGCCCUGCAUCAACUGGUCUGUGUAUUGGUCUUAUCUAUAUAUUGGCUGACAUGCAUUAUUGCUGAUCCAGGUGAUGAAGUUGAGGAGGGUCUGGUUACAACGCACGUUACCCAGGACAUUGGCUCAAUGCCAUUCUUCCCUACAGGUGCAGGGGGCUAGUUAAAUAAGUCCUUUCAGGUUCCCUACUUCUUAACCAGGCCAAGAGGUUACUGAGAAUUUGUGUAUUUAAAAAAUAAAAUAAAAUUAAUAAUAGUAAUUUGUUCUCUAGAUUGAUGAAACUGUGGGUUACGGUAGACCAGGCCUCACUAUCCCUAUUGAUAAUUGUCAGCUUGCAGUGGAGUUUGGUAUAUGGGUGUGGUACUGAACAUAUCGUGGUCAUUAAUUGUUUGGGGGGUAUCUUUUUUGUAUUCUUGUGAUGGGAAUCAAGGCUUUGAGAACUCCUAUUUAUUUUCAGUUGGGCGCAUGGUGUUUUUUCAUUAUUUAUUUUUUUGUAACAUUAAAUCUCAUUUCUGAUGUUCUGGAUUUGGUACCCAGUAUUAUUGGCACCUGUGAUGAUAACCAACUAUUGUACAGCGCUGUGGGAUUGGACGGCUGAUAAAUAAUAAUGUAACGCUUUUGUACUGUCUUAACAAAAUAUUGUGUUCACUUGGAUGUAGAUGUGCAUAUCAGCUGCCGACUGCAGCUCACAGGUUUUAUAAUUGCGUGUGUUUAACUCCUCUCCCGCCAGUUGGAUUAACCAGGGCUUUGCUGUUUUAAUCUAAUUGCAGCCAAGGCCCUGUAUUAACGGACUUGGUAUUUAUUUCAGUCGACGUUUUUACUUCCAGGUAGGGCUAAAGCACAGCACAUUUAAUUUCCCAUGGCACCGAAAGCAUCCUUGCCAAAACGCAAGUCCGGUGACCCCUUAAAGUCUAAAUUACAUCUCAUCCUCCCUUUGUGAACAGUCCCUGUCAUAUAAACAGGGAUUGAAUGGGCAGUCGCCCAGCCGCAUGGAGAAUAGAUCGGCUUAUUAUACAUUAGAGCUGUCAUUUAGUAUGUUAUGUAUAAAGCUUUUUCAGAGCCGUGUUCAAAAGAAUAACAUGAAUUCGGCUCAAACAUAAUUUCUGCAUUUCCUUUCCCUUUGUUACAUGCUUUGCAGUGUCCUUUACAGUAGCCUGUUAGGCCUGCCAUUCAUUGAAUAAUGUCACAUGGAUAAAAUCCCUCUGUAUCCAUAUGUGAAGCAAGUUAGCAGUUCCUUAUCAUGCUGUCCCUAGGCCGCUGUGUGACACUGCAGUGAUUUAGACAGAUGCAGCAUGCCAUCAGUAUAUCCCCUUGGGAUGUAUUGUAAGCCCCCUGGGGCCAGAAGUAUUGUUGAUGCAAACACAUGCAUGUGAAGCCUGUUUGAUCAAGUGGAUUUAAGACCUAUGCAUAUACCUGUUUAACCCAUUCUAUAUCAACUUAACUAUUACAUUGUCUUUGUUCUUCAUACUUCUAUCAGCUUUACAGUCUGUAAUAAAAUGAUUUAAACCAAAUAAUUUGGUGUUUAUUUGCUGAAUAAGGUCAUUUAGACAGUAGCACAUUUUGCCCAAAAGCUAUAUAGUCCUAAUAAUUGAUUUUCCCUUAUCAAUAUCCCAUUGUUCCCAAUUUCGUGAAUGUCUGUGUUUUUAAACUAUUUUACGGUUUAUUGUGAAGGCAACCAGGCUUGUCUUUCAAAUGUCUAAAUCUGUAGAGUACGAAGAAACUAGCUGGAAUCGUAUUAUAUUCCCUCCGGUAAUUUUUUAAAUACAAUUAAAAACAAGCAAACAAAAAAAAACGAAAUAUAAGUUAAUAUGAUUUCCGUUUACCCCAUUAGAGCUGGCACUUCAACUCAUCUGCCUGUUUUAGGUCUGUGUUGUGAGAAUACACUUGGUUUAACUGCCUGCUCCGAAAUGUAUAUUAACAAACAGAAUACAUGUGAUGUAGAUUUAAAAAAAAUAAAAAAAAAUAAAAAUUGUCACAGGGUUGAGAAACACAUUGCAGAAUACUUGAAAGGAUUUUAUACAUCUCCAGCUGUCGUGGAACUAAAAAUUCACAUACUCGUCCGUGCCCAGAUCACCAAGUUUAGACUCCCCAGAGCAAAGCAUCGUGGUCUUCUGUUGUUACCGGAAAGGAACAUCCUUCUAAAACGUCACUGGACAUGUGCCACCCCAAUAUUGGGUCCGUGGCUAGACAAAUAAGAGAUUGUGCAGUCUUUUUGUUAACGGUGGCAGGUACUUUUAUUUAUUAAUUGUGCAGGAAAUGUUUAGUUGUAAUGUUGGUACAUUAAGCCAUAGCUUUUAAAUGGAAGUACGUUGCUUUAAUAAUGAAAUAUACAUUGCUUACUCUUCUAAUGACUCAUGGCACAACAAUUGUUGAUGCAGUGGAAGUACAAAAAGGACAACAAAGUAUAGAUUUUGGGGGCUAGGCAGCACUUGACUGCACAGUGCACUGGUAAUCAUUGGAACCCAGUCGUCAUGAACGUGGUCUUUAUCUGUACUCUCUUGUGUGACUGAUCUCAGGUUAGGGAUGUCUCUUCUAUUGACUGACUGGGGCUGUCUGACAUGUUUAUCAUGUUUUUGGCACUUUGCUCAUUAAUUGUGUACCACUGGGUUUUGUAUGGUAAAUUGCGUGUUAUGUGUUAAUCUAGGUUGAAAAAGGACUCAAGUUCGAUAUUUCAAAAGUAAGGUUUGGCAUUCAACAAGUUACAUUUUGUCCGAGUUGCGGGUGGGGAAUGGACUUGAGAUAAUCAGAUAAACUGGUGAUUUUUGUCCAACUCCAUUUUAUUGUCCUUUAAAUUAAGUAUGUUGUCUGCUCACUUUUCAUAAAUGCCCUUUCAUGUGCACAUAUAGCCAUGAGAAAAAAACAACUAAAUUCAAUCCAGUUUCCGGGCAGUGCUACACAAGUCUUGACAUCCUGGCACACCGUUGAAAUAUGGUUCCACUGCGCAAAGUGGCAUUAGAAAUAGUAAACUCUUUGCUUCUAAGUCAGAAUGGAGAGAACAGAAAGUUGUUUUGGUGUACAAAUCAAAAACUCAGCUUCAUGACAAAAUCACUUCCUUAAAUAUGUGAUGUCUGUGGCUGAGUUAUAAAAUGAACCAAUCUUUAGAUCGAUCUAUUGCUGUUUACAGCAGAUUUAUGGGCUCUAUCUAUUUGUGGGUAUGCAAAUUAUGCUAUAAUUAUAAUAUGCUUAUUAUGCUAUAAAUCAAUUUUCUGCUGUCUGUUACAUUUUCUCUAUUUUAUUUUACCUAAUGAAAAUAGAAAUCUAGAAUACAGGAACGGUUAGAUGGUAAUGUGCCACACUAACUAUUUUUUAAAAAUAGUGGAUAGGAGAUUUUUCAACCCUACAAUUGGGGACAGCACAAAUGGUAUGUUUUGUUUAUGUUUCAUUGUGUUUGUGUCUGUAUUUAUUCUUUUUCUAUAUACUUGUGUUUUUAACAUUGUGUGUGUGUGUGUGUGUGUGUGUGUGUGUGUAUAUAUAUAUAUAUAUAUCAUCCAAUCUACACACAUAUAUAUUGGUUUAGCAAGCGUACAGUGCUAUAUAAUAUGUUGGUGCCUAGUUACAGAAAACAGGAUUAUUCGCCAAACUCAGAAUUGUCAGGAUGAUUUCCAAAUUUUAAGCUGAAAUAGCUGUACUGAAAACACAGUUGAACUGGAUAUUUUUUCAAUUCAGCUAUUUUGUUUUACAACCUAAAAUUCACUUAGAAUUCACACUUUUAGUAAAUCUGAAAGAGCUGUUCUUUUAAAUAGGGUAAGGACAGCUAGUAUUAUUUCCCAAGUCAAUUAUUUCCCAAGUCUCUGGAACCAUACCAUGCAUAUCGGUGGAGUUACGUAAAUUGCAUAUUCAAGUGUGUGUGCAGGUUAACAAACGACCCUUGGGGCGCUAUUAACAAAUGAGUGGUCCCUCUGUAGUAGCCCAGCAGUGCACAGCCACCUGAGCCCUGCUUGCUUGUUUUUGAAGUGGAUGUUACGUAUAGCAGCUCAAAUGGACACAUUCGAACCUGUGACUUAUUGGAUCCUUGCUAACCACUAAUCAUGAAAAGUCAAUAUGUAUUCUGCAAGCUACAUGUGUCCAAGCUUGUAUUCCAUCUGCUGUUGGACAGUAUUUCCCAGAAUUUGGAUUCCAUGAAAUUCUGGAAACUGUUAAAGCCCAUGGUGCGAUACCUUGCAGUAAAUUCCUGUCUCUCAUGAAUUGCAUGAAAAACAUAGUUAGAUGCAGAACCCCCUUAAUCAAAUUUAAAAUCAAGUUGGGGAAAAAAGUGCCAAAGCGUACUCUGUGCUGCUGCCUGCACCUCCUCCUGCCACGUCAUCCUGGGGGUGUCAACUACCAGAUUCUAGUCCAAUUGAAUGAAUGCUCGUCAUAGAGGAGCAUUGGAGACGAGAUGCACAUGUCCAAUCAAAUGUUUUCAUAGGAAAGCAUUAAAUCCAUAGCUUCCUUAUAAGCUGAUUUGAUGUCCUCAAGGGAUCUGUAGCAGCUUUUACACAUUAUGUACUUCUUUACUAAAUUUCCUAUGAUGUAUACAGUUUGACUGUCUGAACAUUGUGUGAAGUAGUUUAAAAAAAACAUAUUGGGUAGCAACUAUCCUUGUACUUCCCUGAAAAGAUCACUAGUUCUUCUUGUAAUCUAUUUUCUCAGGGACCCAAAUUAUGUGCAUUGCAUCAGGCUGGUGACCCAUUCUUGAUAAAACUUGCUCAAUUACCCAUAGUCUAAUUUAAUAUAUACAUUAAAAUGAAUUUGCAAUGAAACUACCUUCUUUAGACGCUUCCCUAAAAAGCAGUGUCUUACUUGGCAAUGUGAUAAUUGUGUAUUUUGGCUGAUACUUGGAGGUUGAUGAAAAGGAUGUACUUGAGCAAUGAGGGCAUACAGAAAAUAACACUGUGACUUAUCUUUAGGGACAGUCCCCCACCAGAGUAGAAGAGCCAUUUGUUUAUUGCCUGUUUAUUUGAACAGAGCCCUAUACACCUUGUCACAAUCUAUUUGACUUAUCCUGUUUACCCAUUUUGCAACACCGCACAUAAUGUCUAUAUAAAUAAUACAUAAAACAUGGGCCCAGUUUUCCAGUUAAUAGUGAAAUCUUUCCCUGAGGUUGACAAAAUGUUUUGGCUGGUAAUUUGAAGAAAAACAAUGUAACUCUCAGGAUUUGUAUGGCAGUAAUAAAUAACCUUGAGGUCCCAAGUGUUUGUAAACUACAUUUCCCAUGAAGCUCGGCAAGCCAAGGGAAUAGUCACAAAAAUCUGUGAGUGUGUAUGUGUAUAUAUAUAUAUAUAUAUAUAUAUAUAUCUCCCCACCCACCCAUUUUUGUGUAUAUGUGCUUUUUAAUAAGCGUUUCCACUGAUUGUAUUAUACUCUGGAGUUAAGUUGCUAAAUAACUGAAAAUUUAAUUACAGAUAUUGCACUAAAUAGACUAGUUUUUAGAAUACCCCAAAAAUUAAGAUUUUGUUCCCAACUGUUCUCAUGGUAUGCUAUAAGGUUUACUGUAAUAACAGUUUAGUAAAUAACCCUGUUCACAAUUAUUACCAUACUCCAUAAUACCUGGUGCGUCCUAUGUAGUGUUCAUAUUUUAUACUUUACAUUUGUGUUUUUGUUUGUAUUUGCAUUCCCCAGUGUUUCCUUACUAUAUAUAAAUGUGUAUGUCAUUGUUCAACGUAACCAUUUUAAAUACUUUUGAUCCAGUCAAGCGGCAUGAUGGAGGUGGAGCACUAUUUAUUUACCCCUUUUUAAUGUAUCCAAGAUAAUAGUGUGUGUAAGAGAAAAUCCAUGCUUAUGUUUAAUAAUUUUUAUUUAUAAAGCCCCAACAGAGCUGUACAGUUGGGGGAAGCAGACCUAGUUAGUUGGAUUUGUUAAUACAAAUGGAAGAGAGGACCCGGUCAUUGGCUUAAAAUCUAGUAUUUAAAUCCCUUUUAUACAACGUAAUCAGCAAGAUGGCUUGUGAGCUUACUGUUUAUUGCUUUAGCGGAAUGAGUCAGUCUUCUUUCUUUGUUCACACUAUAGCUGCGAUGUAAAAUAUUUUACAAUAAGCUAGCUCAAUGGAAACCGCACCAGUACAUACAGUUGCAAGAAAAAGUAUGUGAACCCUUUGGAAUGAUAUGGAUUUCUGCACAUAUUGGUCAUAAAAUGUGAUCUGAUCAUCAUCUAAGUCACAACAAUAGACAAUAACAGGCUGCUUAUACUAAUAACACACAUACUUUUUCUUACUUUUUGUAUCACAAAAAGGCUCAAUAUGUAUAUAUAUAUAUAUAUUUUUUUUUUUGUCUUAAGACAUUUCUUAUUCUGCCAUUGGACUUCUCAUACAGUACAAAUAAUGACCGAAAACUGUAGUGCAAUAGAACUAGAAAUUGUUUUACACAACCCCCCACAGCGCUAUACCCGUUCGUUUUUUGUGACUGUUUUGAUACAAUAGUUGUAGUAUUUUAAGAUGGCAGAUGUGGAUCAUGUAGAAUCUACAUGACCAGUUAAAGAAACACUCCACGGACCAUUACAAGUGCCCCUCCAUAUGUAGGUAGUUAAACCAUUUGCUAAUGGUUACCUGGGGUUAAGCCGGCAAAAUCAAUGCUUUGCUCCUAUCAUCCCAAGGCAACUUAUUUUAUAGACCAUGUAAUCUAGAUCUGAUGGCUUAGAGAUAUCCACUUCCUCUGAUUGGCAAAAUUCCUUGAUUUGCCCCAGAUAUUUUAGCUUGUUCUCCACGUAAUCAGGAGAUCAAUGCAAGACCACAUAAACCUUCCUUAUCAGAAUGUGUGACUUUCAUUACUAUGCAGCUACUGUAGCAACACCUGGUAAAAGCAUGAAUGUACAAACCACUGCUUCAGGGCCACCAGGUAUAUGCUAAUUUUGUGCUGCUAAUUGUGCGGUAAGCCUUAUUGGUGCUGGACAUAACAUAGCAACAGAGGAAGUGGUGUGUGUGUGUGUGCCAUAGGUGGUGUAUAUUUUUUGACAAUGUUGGUCAGUGAGGGGUGCAAUGUGAAAAGGGAUGCAUCCUGAUUCUUUUUUUUUCCUCUUCUCUUCGUUAGAUCUUUAUUAGAUUUACAUAUUUUCAUUUCUUCGACUGCAAAAGAGCAGUAUGGUAAGGGCAUAGGGUGGGGAAAAAAACCAAAUUAUAAUAUAAAUCCAUGUGUAGAUGGGGGUUUUUAUAAAGAAGUGAUAACUCCCAAUUUAUUUGGGCUGGAUGAUAGAAGUAGGCUAAAUCGAAGUAAAGUUCAGGUCAGGUUGCUAGCAAAUGUAUAAAUACACUUUUACGUAAUAUUGAUGAUUCAGGCAUAUUACCUUGGUUGGUGUCUGCUACUAUAUCUUUUAAUCUCUUUUGCAAGCACAAAGCAUAGAUUAAAUAUUAAUGCUUUCCAGAACCAGAUCUUGUCAUCCACACCUUUUUUUUUAUUUUAUAUUUAAUUUUUUUCCCCUCUUUGUUUUGUUCCAUGACAAUUUAUUUUCUUUUGUAUUUUUUUAUUUUUAUUUUUUUUUAAUAUUCUUUAUUUUUCACUCGAUAGGUGUGACAAGUGCACAGUAACGUUCAGGCUUACGCAGAAGCCAAGAUGAAUAUCGUUACUGUUAACAUAAUGCAAUUUGAGUAGGCAAUGCAAGUCCAUCCUGUAUCCCAGCACAAUUUGUCUCCCAUCGAGGGAUUUUUAUUUUUAUUCAGGCAUGUGGGCGGCAUAAGGGGCCCCAUCUUUUCUCAUUUUCUCAUAACUUACCCUGCUCAUGGGCUUCCCAGUUCCUCCGACAGCUUGAUCAUGCCUGGUAUAAAAUACCUUUCCCUCGAAACCAAGGGAAAAGAGAAAAACAUAUAACUUGAAACGAAAUAAGAAGUGAAAAAUAAAGUUUAGGGAAAAGGGGGGGGGAGGGCUUCCCUUCUUACAGUAUUAUAGCCAUAUUUUCCAUAGGGGGGCCUCCCUUAGCUAUCGGAGUCCACUCUCUGAUCUGAACCCUGUCAGUCUCCACUCGAGCCUACUGGGCUAAUGUCCCAUGGUUCCCAAAGUCGUUGGAAAGACACCGUUGUUCCCUUUACCCUAGCUGUCAAAUCGUCCAUAAUUCUACAUUCUUGUAUCCUAGAGCAGUGUUUCCCAACCCAGUCCUCAAGGCACACCUACCAGUCCAGGAUUUAGGGAUUACCCAGUUGUGUCUAAGGUGUUUUUACAAAGAAGAAAAAAAAAAAACACCUUAGACACAACUGGGUAAUCCCUAAAUCCUGGACUGGUAGGUGUGCCUUGAGGACUGGGUUGGGAAACACUGUCCUAGAGAUCACCCCCGAGAACUCUGGACCCUCUGGUUUUAGCCACACUGUCGCUAUUGCUCUGCGCACACUUAGUUAUUUUAUGUAUUAGUUUCUGCUCUCUCAUAGUCCACCCAUCUACUGUUCUGUUUAGCAAGUAUAUCCAGGGGUCCAUCUUCAGGGGUCUGUCAAAUGUUUUUCAGCAGAUCCUCCACCGCCUUCCAAAAGCUGCGUAUCAUCGAGCAAUCCCACCACAUGUGGAUGUACGUUCCUCGGGCUCCACAGCCCCUCCAGCAGUCGUCCGUGUCCAGUUUGUGCAUUUUGUAUAGCUUUACGGGUGUAGUAUACCACCUGAGCAUGGUCUUCAAGGUCUGUUCCUGGAGUGUGACACAUAUGGAAGCAUUUUUAUUCGCUUCCCAUAUCUUCUGCCACUCGAUUCCUUUCAAGACAUCCCCUAGGUCCGCCUCCCAUUGCUCGGUGUAUAUCAAUCUCCCCCACUCUUUAUUUUCUGCACUAAGGUGGGCAUAUAGAAGUGUGAUCAUUCUCUUAGGUGCCACUUCAUCUGUGCAUAAUUUCUCAAAGAAAGUCAGCCUUCUCAGGGCUGCUGCUCUAAUAUAUCGAAAAAAAUCUGCUGGGGUUAAAUGGUUGCCUUGUUAUAUUUCCACAAACUGGAUGAUCUCUCCGUUUCGAUAUAACUGAUGGAUCCGCUGUAGUCCGGUUCUUUCUAUGUUUCGAAAGACCCUUGGAGCCAUUCCGGGUAGGAACUCCCUGUUUCUAAGUAGUGGAGUAAGAGGGGAGGGGGUCGACAUCAACCCGUACUUGGCAUUAUUCGAAUCCCAUAUAUGGAGCGAGUUGAGUAUGGCUGGACAAGUCACUCUUAUCAUAGGUCUAUGUUCCUUAAGAACCCACAUCGUGAAUUGGGGACAUCCGAGCCCACCAGCAUGGACUCAAUCUCCACCCACCUAAUUUCUUCCGGCGGGGAGUGCCACAUAGCUAUCUGCGUCAAUUCAGCCGCAAUAUAGUAAAAUUUUAGGCUAGGUAGGCCCAGCCCCCCUCUAUCCUUGCGUCUAUACAUGAUUUGUCUGGAGAUCCUGUGCCUCUUAUUCUGCCAAAUGAAAUCCCCUAUCGAUUUUUGUAAUGGUGACAGUUGCGUUUUUGUGACUCGGACGGGCAAUGCUUGGAAUAGGAAUAAGAGGCGUGGAAGGAUGUUCAUUUUAACAGAGUUGCUCCGUCCUAUACAAGAGAUGGAUUUGCCUGUCCGUUUUUCCAGGUCUCUUGUCAAUGCCCUUAGCAUGGGAGUAUAAUUGGCAGAAUAUAGACGUUCCGGUUCUGCCGUUAGUUGAAUACCUAAGUAUGUCAAGGAGUCUUUUUUUUUUUUUUUUCAUCCGGAUAUUGUAAGUCUCCUGUGUUCUAACUGUUUCUGCCUCCGUUAGGCCUACUGACAUAGCGCUGGAUUUGUGGAUAUUCGCUUUAUAUCCGGCACCUCCCCGUAUUCUGUUAUUACCUCCUGCAGUACCGACAUCGAAGCUGUCGGGUCUGUUAUGGUCAGGAGGACGUCGUCCGCAUAUGCCGAGGCAGUAAAUUCUUUAUCUCCCACUGUGAUUCCUCUGAGGUUCGGGUGUUUGCGUAUUGCUUGUAAUAAGGGUUCCAGCGCCAACACGAAGAGAAGAGGGGAGAGUGGGCACCCCUGUCUGGUCCCGUUGUAUAGCCUAAAUGGUUUCAGCAGGGCUCCCGUUAUCUGUACCUGUGCCCUCACCGUAUAAUACAUCGCCCUUAUGACAGUUAUGUAUUCCUCCAGGAAGUCCAGAUCCUUCAACACUGAGAACAGAAAUUGCCACCUAACCCUGCCAAAGGCCUUUUCUGCGUCGAUGGACGCAAAAUAUUUUUUUUUAAUUUUUUUUUUUUUAUCUUGCUUAGAGUAGAAGGGUCACUUCAAGCAACACUAUAACUUUUAAAAAAACAUUUUAUUUUUUUUUAAUACAUUGUAGUGCAAGGAAUUGGUUUUCCCUUGUCUUCCUCCACGUCUUUAAGUUGGCAAUUUGCAAAUUGUCCCUGAAUGCCAUUAAACACCUUGCCUCCUCUUUAGGGCUUUGAUAGGUGGCUGGAGAAAUACUGUGCACUUCUCAAUUUUUACGAAACCAUGAAUGCGGCUGAUAGCAGCUGUGGUGUAUAUAUAUAUAUAUAUAUAUAUAUAUAUAUAUAUAUAUAUAUAUAUAUAUAUAUAUAUAUAUAUAUAUAUAUAUUUAUUAUUUUUUUAUUUUUUUUUAUUAAUUGGUAGAAGCACUAAUCGUAUUUGAAGGAUGUAACUACUGCUUGGGGUUGAACAACAUAUCCCUUAAAUAAGCACUCAACAGAGGUAUAUGGAAUAAGAGCUGACGUCCUACACCAGUACGCAAAGCUCCUGAUUGGUGGGGGCUCUUCCUGUUAGGGAAAUGUGGUUGUUUGAUGUUUGUUUUUGGAACAGCAUUAACCUUAAAGGUGGGAAAUGUUUAAAUUUCUUCUGUCGUUCAAGAUUUGUAUUUAUUUUUUACAUUUGUGUAUUGAAAUCAAGGACACUUCCAGCAUGUAAUGUCCUUUGACGUUUCUACGGAGAGAACAGAUGAUGUUGAAUAAAGAAUUCCAUGAAUUCCUCCAAUAACACGUGGUGACUAAUAAAUUAUGUUGUCACUGAAAAUGAUGUAAAGUUCUUUUUAUUUACCCUGUUAAAUGUGCUUUUUCUGUUGGACUUCCAUUUUGUCCUCAAUGUUCUAAAAACAGGUGUACUAUUGGUUCGACAUCAGCGAUGGUUUCCAAGUUGUUGCUUCGCUAAAGUAGUUAAGCCUUUGAAAUAUAUAUUUUUUUAAAUCUUUUAUUUAAUAACAGUAGAUAUGACCCACUAUAUUGUAUUAUUCAGCUGACCUUUUCUUUCUAGUCUUGCAAGAUUUCUGCCUCUUCUGACAGUCCUACAGACUAAAUGAUUGAUUAAAAAAAUAUAGCUGUAGGAUUAUGAUGGCCUAUGAAUGGUUGCUGCCUUUGGAAAUAUGUUUAAUAUUUUAUAAUAGAACUACCAUACCGCCACAUUGCUACCAGUGUUAAAAAUGUAUGUACACACAUCACAUAGAUCAGUAUUUUCCUCCUCAAUAGCUACGUUUUUUUUGUUGUUUUUUUUUCCUCAAUACAUUUACACAUAAACCAAUUGCUGCAAACUUUGAGGUUGAUGCUCACACUAUUUGCACCAUAACCUCCACGAUGGCCAAUAGUGCUUAUGGUCCUUAAUAAAGGCGGUCAAUGCUUGUGAUCUCUUCAGAUACAUCUUAAUUACUUUGAGAAGGUACACAGCAGGGUUUGUGAGAGUUGAAGUUCAGGUGUCCGCUUUCCUGAGUAUGUAUGGAACGUUCAGCACUCAUACUGAAUGUUCUUGGAGUCUCAGGAUUGGUUGACUCUCUGCUUGGCUUGUCGAGAGCUUUUUACAGAAGGUUUAAAUCCUGGAACUUCAAAGAUGAAAAUCUUUUCACAGUUUAUUAAUUUUUAUUUUUUUUAUGUGUAAUAAACCUCAUCCACCCCCAAAUUCUUUCCUCUGAGAUUCACUGCAAGAUCUCUGAUGUAGGGGUUCACAAAAUAACUCGGUGCUAGUAUGCAUUAUAGGUUCCACGUUCAAUCCAAACAGCAUUCCUAUUUAGUCAGGGUGAUCGCUCCUGAGAGGAACAAUGAGCCAAGAUUUUAUGAUAUUAAGUUUUAGUUAAUUUAUUUGUAUGUCAAAAAUUUACGAAGCAGGCUUAGAAUGAAGGGUCCCUCAUCCUUUUGGAGGGCUGUCACGUUAUAUCACUUUCCGGAAUUUAUUGUGUUUAAGAAAUAUUUUUAUUUGGGAGGUGAGAAAAUAUUGGUUUUGUGUUAUUCAUUGUCAUGAGCUCCGUCCUUUGUACCUGGUAGUCCUAAAAAAAAAAAAACCUAAAACAAUGUAUCUGCAAUGUUUGCCAGGCUUUGCCUUUUCCGAACUGGAUUGUGAUGUCCUUCUCUAAAUCUUUUAAGAACUUAAGUAAAAAAAAGUUAUAGAUCUUCUUCUUGUAUUCAAUGAUGUCAAUCAAUUCCAGAGACAUGAAAGUCCCCUUUAAAAAGGAUAGCACAACCAUUCUCUCAAGGCACGCACAGCUCACUUGUACUGACUGCAAUGCUUGUCACCCAAAAACAAGAUGACACCUACAGAAUGAGUGUUGCCGUGUGGGACAGUAGCUCUAAAACCUAAAACUUGCCCAGUUUGGUCUGUUGGAGUGCCAAUAAAAUCCGAUCCCUGGCCUGUAACAUUUUAAUUACAUUGGAUUAGGCAAAUUCCUUUCUUUCAGGAUAGAAUUGGUGUAAGAACUUUUAAUGCAGGUUCAGCCCAUGUUUUUGUAACAUCAUAACCUAUUAUAUUAAAGGGACACUAUAGUCACCAAAACAACUUUAGUUUAAUGAAGCAGUUUUAGUGUAUAAAUCAUGAUCCUGCAGUCUCACUGCUCAAUUAUCUGCAAUUUAGGAGUUAAAUCCCAUUUGUCUCUGUCCAUGCAGCCUUAGCCACACCUCCCCUGUCUGUGACUCUUCCACACCAUGCAUAAAAAAAAAAAAAGUAAAAUAUGGUAUCACUUUUAAUUAGAUGUAACUUACUUUAAAAGUUCUUAUUGUCUGCUCUCUAAAGUGAUAAAGGGGAUAAUACAUUUUAAAUUAAAUAGACUUUACAAUGAAGGAAGUAUAAACAUUAGCUGACUCUUUACAGGAAGUGUUUAGAAAGGCUGUGCAAGUCACAUGCAGGGAGGUGUGACUAGGGUGCAUAAACAAAGUGAUUUAACUCCUAAAUGGCAGAGAAUUGACCAGUGAUGCUGCAAGGAAAUGAUCCUUACAUCAAAACUGCUUCAAUAAGCUUAAGUUGUUUUGGUGACUGUAGUGUCCCUUUAAUAUUUUUUUUAAUGCAAUACUGCAAUGUAUUAUAGCUUUGGUGGUUGGAUUCUUUUUUAUUUAUUUUUUACUUUGUCACAGUUUUCAAUCUUGCAAUGACGUUGUUUCUACUAAUAUACAUUUACUUUGUUCACUAUGUGGAAAAGUGCACGCUUUGCAUUUCUUAUUUGUGUGUACCUCUUUGUCUGUUUUCGUUAAUGGGUGUUUAGCGGCUGAAUACAGAAAAUAAGCAGUUUACCCCUUAGUAUUACCCCGCAUAAUUCUGGAAAUAUCUGAAUAAUUGCUGAUGUUUACUGAACAGCAUAAUGGCUAUUAAUACAAUAUAAUCUGCAGUCACCCAACACAAUUGGCACACACAACCUGCUGUAUUAAAACAGGUCUAAAUAACAAAAAUCUGGAGCACUCAAAUGAUCUGGAUCGUAGGAUAUCCAAAUCUGGAGGGAUGCAGGGGCAGUUUUUCCUUUUCCAAGCAGUUUCCACUAGUGGCUACAAAUAUGGUGAUAUUAACCCUUUGUGAUAUUUAUUAACCAAUCGAGACCUAUAAGAAUGAGCACUAAUCAAUUUCCUCUUCUCCAAAAGGCCAAAUCAAUGCCUCUAGAUUGAAGAAAUAUAUAUAUUUUAUUUUCCUGUCUCAAUCGAAAAGGUCACAAUGAUGUACUUGUUACUGAAGACUUCUGACACAGUCCCCAAAUAAACCCAUAUCUAUCUAUCCUGAAAGUAAGCGCGGUGCUCAUGUUUGCUUGGACUUGAGUCGUAAGCCGGUCAAGUUCAUGUUUCACAGAUGACAAUUCCUUGCCACACAAUGAACGAGUCUGCUGCGCGCAAUUAAUCUUCCUUUUUUUCUCCCCCCCUUUGCUUCCAAGGUAAAGUGCAAGACUGCAGUUUCACAUUUCACAGGUCCCUGCGAAUCCAGGAAUUGUUCAGUAAAAUAGUAGUUUUGUUUCAGCGAAAAUUUGCUUUUCCCUGCUCCCAAAAUACAUAGGAAUACGGAUGAUAAAAUACUUCUCACACUGCUCUGUUACGUAAAUUUGGCACUCUAAGUGCUCACUAUUUUUGUACAGAAAUUAAGCUGAAGUGGUCUGGGUGCCUAUAGUGGUCCUUUAAGUUCUAAGAUUAGAUAUAUUUUGAUAACCAUGGACACCACUGCGAUUCUCCUUGCUUUACUUUUAGAACUUUGCUUCAGUGUUGUAUGUCAGGGCCAUAUACGAAUAAUGAAUUCCUAAACAUCGUAUAUCUGUAGUCAUUUAGUGACUGAAAAUAUUCUCAUCGUAAUGUGGGUAAAUGCCAUUUAAAACUGAAAUAACCAUAUGACUGAUGGUCUUGACUUCCACCAUUGCAUUGCCUCUCAGAGCACUCGUAGAGCUUGGAAUAGGAAUUUUAAAUGCUUUUUAAAACAAGCCUUUAAAUCCGAUUAUCUGAAAUGAUUCAUGAAUCCUAUAUGAUGCCCCUAGAGUUUGCAGUUUGUUGCUACAUAGCAAUGUUUUGUUAGCCAACCAGCAUGUUCGGUGUAACAAGGACUGGUCAAAAUACUGGCUCCUGGAUUUCAUAACUUGUCCCUCCCCCUCCACACACAAACACCAUAAGCAUUUUGUGAUAACGGGUGAGAUUGACGAAUGUUUAAUACUGAGAAGUUUCCUAAGAACAGAAUGUUCGCUGCUUGGUUGCUUCAGAAACCUGGUCUUUCUUUGAGCCCUGGGCAGAUGUCAGAAAUCUUAUAGCACUACGCCAAACAGUUUUUCAAAGUACAGAGAUCUGGCUGAGCAAGCAGAGGUAUAUGUACGAAAGGUUGCACUUUUAAGAGCAUUUAAUAGACCCAGAUUAAAUGGCUGGAGUUCAGAGCUUUAACCACUGUAAUAAAACCAAAUCUUCAAGGUCAUACGUACGUUUGUUUAUUUUUCUUUCUGUUCAAUGUUAAGAUAAUUUCCAUAGUAUGAAGGACUUUGUUUUGCUGCGCUAAUUUUCUUUUGAGAUGUAUAUUAUUUUUCCUCUGGCCCAUUAAACUAUAGGGGAUCUUUGAGUGUUUUAUUUUGCUGAAUAUUUUCCAUAGAAGUAGCCGUUACUUUUUAAGGCAUCCUAUAGCUCAUGAUAUGUAAAAACAAAUACAAAUAUUACAUGUCAAUUAGGGUUACUUGGCCAGAUAUGCACCUUCAUCAGGGCUAAACGUAUGCCAUGUCGCUUCGGCCAAUGUUUUUAUUUUGUUAUUAAUUACAGUAAGUGGGUUAGUCGCUGUAUUCUGGGAUCAUCACGACUUAUGAGUGCUGGUGUCCUACUCUCCAGCAUGAAGGUGCCAUUAUUGAAGACAUAGAAAUGUAAAUAACGAAACUUCUACUCAAAAUAUCUUUCUUUGCCUGCGAUUUGAUUAGCACAAUUUGUAGAUUUAUUGACAAUAACACCCCUUCAAUCAAAGAUUCGUGGAACAUUCAUUUUGCUGGCCAGUAACGAUUUUAGGGCUGCAAUGUUGUAUACAUAUUUUGUAGGUUAUGAUAUUGUCAGUCAGACCAGUGUGUUUGGCAGUUUGCUUUUCAGCAUAAUUUACUUUACAGCACUGAUUUUUACACCGACACACACACACAGAUUGUGAUACAGGCUAGUGAUACAGUAUUUAAAUAACACUAUAAUAUUAGGAAUUACUUGUAUUUGUAAUGCUAUGACGUCUGUUACAAAGUCCCUUCUGUCUACUACAUCCCUGUUACUUUGUGCUUAUUUCCCCAAAAACUUUUGCAGGUCAUACAUAUGUUCGAAUGACCGACCACCUGGCCCUUGGCGCGUGCCGCCAAUUAACACUGUUCACCUCUCACAAUACAGAACCACCCAAUUGAACGGCCGACCACCCUACCUGAGGAGUGUGCCCCUGGUUAACCGCCCAUGUAGAGUGUACCGACCCCUUGCAGGACACUAUGGCUGAGGGCUCUUGGACUAAUAACGGCCGAAUAGCCCUCAGGACAAUCUUUACCCCCAUGGCGUUCCCAUACCAUUCGUGAGAUCUGAGCGUUUUUCAUAUAUUUUGUGCGCUCCGAUCCCAGCUGUCUGGGGAUAUUUUGAUGGUGACAAUUAAAGAACAUGGUGUAAAAGUUAUAUAUUUUUAUAUGUAUAAAAGUUACAAUAUUGCAUGUACCUGGAGACAAUUGAAUUACUGUAACUGUUGUGACUAAUUAUCUCCAGGCUAGAGGGGAGGGUUUGAAAAGAUGCACUUUGUCGUCAUUGGUUGUUGCUCUUUGUCAUUCUGUGUACCAUCAGGUCCAGAGGGGUGUUCCUCUGGCCUGAAAAUAUGUAUUUAAGCAGUGCAUUGCCAAUCAAUAAACCAGUGUUCUUACCCUCAACUCGCAGCCUCGACUCGUGUUGUAGGAAAAUGCUUUAUACUAGUUCUACCUACAUCUAGCUGGAUGUUCCACACUUACAGGAUUAUUGCUGGAUGCUGCUUGGAGUUUCUCUACUACUCUCCAGGAUUGGGAACCAGGACAUCCAAGUGGUCCACCCUCCAACCGUAACAACGCCCUUGUUUCUACUCAUAUACAUAUUACACCCCCUUUUCCGUUUAAUUAAUAAAAUAAAGAUUUUACUUGCCUUUUUUCUAGCACAAAAACUAUUUCAGCUUGUUUACCUCUCCUCCCGCGACAUCGAGGAGGCAUGGUAUUGAACCAGUGCUCUACUAUGAGCUUCCACGUCACAUGACUGGGUUUUCUUUGACAAAAUAACGUAAAAUAUUAAUCUUGAAGUCUCCAUCACUAUAGUAAUUUGGGUAUUCUGAGCAGGUGUCUGGAAUCACACUAAUGUGUUCCUAUUACAACCCAAUGAAAUGGUUAAAGUGGUACUAUAACCAUUUUAUCUAAUAGAAUUGGUUAUAUUGCCUGAAGUCCCUUCUUUCAGGAAGUUUAACGUUGAAUAAGGCUCCCUGACCACCUACAGCACGGCACCCAAAGAACUAAUUUAUUCUAGCCAUACCAAAACAUACCAGAAAUGGGUGGCUGGGAUAGGCUUAAAGCAGUCAGCUGACUUUCUCGACCAAUCACUGUCAAUCAUUGCUGCACAGGCUGAUGCUUCCUCAUUAGGCCAAGUAGCACAGAGGGGAUGUACUGCUGGGGACUCUUAUAGCAUUAAAACAUUUAAAUGGUUUAACAUUGAACAGAAGGACAGCUCCAGGGGACUCCAGACACUAUAACCACUUCAGUGAGAUCAACCAGUUAUAGUGCCUACCCUUUUAAGAGACACUAGAUUUGAUAAUUGUCCAAUAGAUGCCAUCUGCUCAACCAAUGACUAAAUAAUCCAUAAAGCUUUUUAGUAAAAGUGGUGGAAAGAAAGUUUGCUGGUCUCCCUUAAGUCUAUUGCAUUGUCAAUGGUCAUAGGCUGUAGUUAUAGGCUAAGGCUUAGCACCCCAUUGGAAUCAAAUGACCACUUUUAAACCUUGCAUGGAGAGGUUACAUUGAAGAUUGCUACGAGUUAUCUAUUACCAUGACCUGCUGAUACUCUCUUUAGAUUCCACAACCAUCACUUAAAAAAAUAUGAAAUAUGCUUUUCCUAUGUAUAAGUUACAAAUAAUUUUCUUUCCACAAACAAAGCAUGUAAUCUAUUGAAUGGCUGCCGGCAGCACUCUGCAAUAUCAGGCUAUACUCAAGGCACCAUGACCACUUCAGUUAUUUGUUUUCCUAUGCCUGCAGCGUCAUUUGGGGGUCAUUAGCAAGCCCGGAAGAACUUUUUUGGGCUAGGUAAUAUCAAUUCUGCAAAUAUUGGACCCCUGUUGUCACCACGUGCAGCAUGCUAGCGAUAGGUUUACAUUGGAGACACGCCAACACCCUAUUUGCGUGCUGCCCUUGUUCUCCCCUGGCAGUUGUGUAGAGAGGCUCGGGGAGAACUUGGCCGGGCACUGGUCUAGAGGUAAGUAACAGUGUUUUUAUUUUUUAACAUUGGGGGGACUAGCACAGCAGUCGCUACUCUAACCAAAACUAGUAUUUACUUUAUUUAAAAAAUUUUUGGUUGGAGUAACCUUGUAAGACUGAGCAUUCUGUAGUUGACCUUAUCUGUAAUGAAGUGGUGGCUCUUCUUUGGAGCUGCAUCUGUUUGGACUACAUCUUACUUUAUGGCUGGCUGAUCCACAAAAAUAGAAUCCCCCCAAACCUACCUGCUAUAGUGUACUGAAUACACUGAUAUAUUCACAAAGGGUCUACUCUUCCUAUUUUAAAAUUCCUUUCUUUAGGUGUCAGUUUGCUCCUGUGCUAUGCACUGCAUGAUGUUUUACCCAGUGGAUGAAGCUUACAUCGUGUGUUCUGAUUUAGUGAUGACGAGUGCCAUUCUUUCUUUGCAGGUCAUUCUUCGAUCUGUUGUUUUUCCUUCUUUCUUGAGGCUAGAAAUGUAAAAUGGGCAGCAGUUUUUUGCAUCCUAUGGUUGAACGCGUCCCUGUAAAUAGAAACCCUAGGUUACAUGAGGACAUUCAUUCAAUCGUAGAAAAAUCUGCAAUGCAGUUGUGAUCGUGUAAAGUUUCAUUUUAUAGAUUGGUAUAAUGUGUGACAUGUACACAGAUAACACAAAUGUUAGCUGUGUGCUUUCUUGGCCAAUGAAUGACGUGUUCUUCAGACAUAACUACUGGGUUUAUUUAAGUGCAGGGGACAAAUGUAUUUCUGGGCUUGUAAAAGAAUAACAGAACAUAUUUACAUUGCUUUCAGUCCCAUAUUGGUACUUUCAUCCACAUGCCUUGAUAACAUUCCUGUACAGGGAAUGGAAUGUCAAAAUGCUUCUAAUAUGUUCUGUUUUAAUCCCAGUAACACAUUAUUCCUUUAAGAUCUAACCUAUAUUGUUCUCAUCCUGUGGCAUUUGGGAUCAUCAAAAGACCUCUUAAGGAGCCACAGAAAUGCAUUUGGUUUUAUAUUUUAAUAACUUAAUAGCGUUUCACAGAUUUAUUUUUUUCUUUUAAAAAAUAAAUAAAUACAAAAAUGGACAGUCGUGUGUGUGUGUGUGUAUAUAUAUAUAUGUGUGUGUGUGUGUGUAUAUAUAUAUAUAUAUAUAUAUAUUAUAAUAUAAUUUAUUCAUCCUCUUUUUUUCUUACAUCUUCUAAACAACCCCAAAAACAAAACAAAACCGUAUCUAAAAUUAUAUCCCAAGCAGUGGCUUUUUACAUGAUGAUAUUUUUUUAUUUUAUUUUUUAUGUGAAAAAUAUAGAAUGGCUUUAGAGUCCAAGUGAAACUUGUUUGGAGAUCUAUUUUUUUUUUUUCUUUCUCUUUAGCUGUUGGUCUCUUGUGUCAGACCAAAAGAGCUAUGUUGCGUUACAGUGCCUGCUCCCUGCAAAGGUUAAACCUGGACAUCCGUUUUUCAGGAAACCAUUGAAGUGCUGUAUCUGGCACAAACACACCUCCCGUGUCAUGUGUGAUGUCACCUCUUUUGCUUGUAGAAUGAGUUUCACAGCUCAAACAGGUAGCUUGGGGGGAGUUUGACACUAAAACCUAUUAAUAGGAAUUGUGAAGCAUGUUUGGAAGACUAGACCAGUGCUAUGUAAUGCACUUAAAGGAGCCAUAAAGCCUUUUCCAGAUAGGAACAUACAUGUCUUGUUCUGGAAGAAGCAGGAUUUAUUUAGGUUUAAGAAAAAUAAGAUAACACACACACACACACGCUCGGGUAUUCUUUAGGCAGGUCAUUUUUGUCACGUUACAAUGUAUGUAAUGAGCACUGUGAUGUGUCUGUGAAAAACGAUACUUUGCACAUUUCAUUCUCUGUACGUAUUUUAUAGAUCUUUGAAGUGCAUGAAUUGUAAGCUCUUUUUGAGCACACCUAUGUGUUGAUGCUUUGACUAGGUGACUUGCCAGUGUGAGAUGGUUGGGGAAGAGGGGGAUUUAAUUGUCCUUGUUAUUGGAUGCCUACUAAAUGGAGACACCCAGAUAUGUACAUUAAAAUGGGUGAGUAGAACAGAGGCAGUCCUCAGGUUUAGGGCUAUAUCUAAUGGCAGUGAGUCUCUUGCGUAAACUAGGAUCAUUUAGCAUUAGACUCACGCUGACGUUACAUGAAGUAUCUCUGUCUGUUUUACAGACUGAAAUAGAAACAUGGAAUGUGACGGCAGAUAAGAACUAUUCGGCCCAUCUAGUCUGCCUAAUUUUCUAAAUACUUUCAUUAGUCCCUGGGCCUUAUUUUAUAUCUAGGAUAGCCUUAUGCCUGUCCCAUGCAUGCUUAAACUCCUUCACUGUUUUAACUUCUACCACUUAAGCUGGAAGGCUAUUUCAUGUUUCCACUACCCUCUUAUGUAUGUAUGUUUUGUUGCACUACAUGAUAAAAAUUAACAUGCAAAUAGCUUUACAGAGCUUACAAAAGUGUUUUGGAUCUUAUUGGGUUCCUUUAAAUCUUAAACUGUAUAGAAGUUAAAGAAUGGCGUGCAUGUGCGUGUGUGUGUGUGUGUGUGUGUGUGUGUGUGUAUAUAUAUAUAUAUAUAUAUAUAUAUAUAUAUGUGUGUAUGUCUGAAUUAACCAACGCAUAACAUUGUUAAAGUGGCACUGUCACUGUCUGGGGACUUUGCAUAAUUUGCAAAGACCCACAACAGUGACAUUGCCUCAGGUGGUCCAGUGGCAGGGGGCAGACCAAGGUUAGUUUUACUUACCUGAAACUGUCAUUUGCAAGCGCCGUCAUCUUCUUCUGGCCAGCCCUCUUCUGCUCCUGGAGCUUCAGCGUCAGGAGCCAGUCACCUCAUUGAGGUCUUUGAAGGAUCCUGAAAGACCACUGGAACCACCAUACAUACAGUUAAUAUCCCUGCAACCAUCACUGGUGACGGCUGGGGGGAUUGACUCUUCUAGACAGUGGUAGCUCCGCUCAGAAUCAAAGUAUCAUGCAUAGAAAAUAUAAUAUUCAGUACCACUUUAAUAUUUAGUUUCACAGUAAGUACCCCAAGAUACAAGUGAUCCUAUGAGUGGUAGGAGCCUGAAAUGUUGUUAGCUACAGUAGGGAUUGUGGCCAAUAAGGGAUAAGUGAUGGUACCAGGCCAUUGCCAAUGUCAUACUGUAUUAUCUUCUAUUGUAUCAGAUGUAGUCCAUCCCAUUGCUACUGCCCUCUGUGUAUCCUUAAUUUUUUUUUUUUUUAAUUCUUUAUUUUUGCAGUGCGUAUAGUGGUUACAGGUAUGCAUAUGGUACCCCAACGGCAUUCCAUAUGCUAAUUUCAAGACAUUAGUUACAGUGGGGGUUAGGUAGACAAUGCACUUUUUUUUUGAUAUUGCGUAAUGAUAACAAGCUAAUAGGUGUUGCUGAAUGGUAUAACAUGUUAGAUUAGGAUUUCGUUUAGCUCAACUUUUUGCACAUCAUAUUGUAGUUAUGUUGCCAUGACAGUAAUCUAAGACAUAGAGGUCACUUAGCUGUAGGAUUAAUGCGCAUUUUUAUGAUUAAGUGAAGUAUGCGUUACAGGCUAAGCUCAUAUAUGCUUUAUGCAGGGGAAGUUCUGUAGUUAGUACCAUCUAUGGCUAGGAUCACCAUCCUGCAAGUACUGUAAAGCUUACAAUGCUGUGUUUCAACGAGUAGCAGUAAUAAUAGGAUUAAAAAAAAACUUGUUAAGUAGCUUAACUAACAGAGUUAAAUUAAAUGAAACAAGUGAAUAACAGUUUAUGCUUGACGUUGCUAGAUUGGCUAUAGUAGGUAGUUAGAUCCACAAGACUUGGUACAUGCUAGCUGAGUCAUCGCUGUAGUUACUUAAGUAGAUGGAGAUCCUAUAUUUGCAUAUAACCUCUGAAUUUUUAACAUUUGCUUAUAACCGUUGCUUAUUACAUUUGCCUACAUCAUCUUCACAUAGUAUUUGCAAGAGAAUUAGAAUGUAGCAUAGAAACAAGUAAAGCAAAGCAUAUGGCAAACUAUGUGUGUUAGAGCAGUAAAAAUGCAUUAUAAAUGUGAGAGUCACAGAUCUGCAAACUGUUUGUGUCCACUGGGUCCCUGCAUGUAGGUCACUCCGUUCCCCUUGUCCUGCUCCGUCGGGCUGCUGGAGACAGUGGGCUGAGAGGUAUGCCUGCUUUCCUGGGUUAGAGUGUGUUUGCUGUGCUCAUGUGAUAACGCAGGGUGUAGUGUGUCAGUGAGCCGAUCCUCAGUGCCCGGUGCUGGUCAUGUCGUGCUCUCCUGUCUCGCCUUAUGGCUUGCGCCCGCACUUGUCUCUCCUGUUCUGGGUGUGUUGCGGCAGGUGGGUAGCUGGGGACUGUGUAGCACUACUCUGUUGGGGUGCCUUGUUGUCUUGGUUGAGGGUUGGGCAGGUGUACCCCGUCACUGGUUGCCUGGUCGCUGGAGCUCCAGUCCCCUUUAGGGGGUGAAGUGCUGCUCAGAUAGCCGAGAGGCAGUUUGGCGGCCAUUUUAGGUUCUGGGCCUCGGAGUGCGCUCUGCAGGUUUUGGUGGUGGACGCUUCGUUGCCCCCCAGUGGGGACCGGGAUAUCCCCCCCGGUCCAGAGGGGGGGGAAGGGGCCUGUGAGGUGUGCCCCAGAGCUGGCAUGUGGCGGCCUGCUAGGCAAGUAGGCAGGGUGGCGGCCGUCCAUCCCGCCUCUCUCACGUGGAGGCCGCAAGCUCCAAAGCCUUGUAGGACCUGUGGGGCCCCAAAACUCCCGAUCUUGGAGCCCGCUGUUGCGCCAGCUUUAGCUCCGGCACCUUGCUGUUUCCCUCCAGUUCUAAUCUAGGCUGUAAGCCCAGACCAUCGGUCGAAAAGGCCAUAUAUCCGCAGGAGCCUCUCCCUCAUGCGACCGGUCAGCAUGGCGGGCAGGCCCCGCCCCCGUAUCCUUAAUUUUUUAUGAAGAAAGGUAGCGUAGCAUGCGUUGCCUUUCCCCACUGCUUUGUCUCUGUGUAAACUGGGGGUGUCUAUUUCUCCCUAAAGCAUAAACCAUUUCCUAACCAGCUCGAAUCUGAUGCCAGUAUUCUAUUAAUGGAACGCUCUAACCUGUAUCCCUAGUUAGAUUCAGGGCACUCCAGUUUCCUUUGCACUGUUCUCUCCUCCUCCUGUGACAUCAUCAAGGUGGCAUGGCUUCAUUGUCACUUAUCCAAUCCAAGCAUUGGGAACUUGAUAUGCAUGCACACACAUCCAGUGCUUGUUACAUGAAGGCAUUGAAUAUAGUGCUUUCCUAUGAGCUUCAGUGUCACAUGACUGAGUUUUACUCGGUCAGUGCAGAAGAAGCACCUCUAGUGGCUGUCUGGAGGAUAACCACUAGAGAUGUGCUUGACCCUGCAAUGUAAAAAUUGUGGUUUCUAACAGAAUUGCAAUGUUUUAUAAUGCAUAGUUUAAAAAGUCAGGAUCACUUCAUGGAGUGCACAGCACCACAUCAUGCUCUUCAUUUGUGAUUGGUCAAAUGUUUGGGGAGCAACAAUUGCCCAUUGUUUUUCCAUGAUUUAUCUACUUUGAAUCUUUUGCCCAGAAUUGCUUUAUAAACACAAUCCUUGUAGUCUAUUAAUGUUUUUGUUUUUCUUUUUUUUCUUUCCUGUGAGAGAGUGUAUACACACACUCUAAUACUUAAUAGUAAGUAGAUAAAUAUUGUCAUAUAAUGUCUCAACAGACUGGUUUAUAGAACACAUGAUUAACAAAAUAAACACUGCUGGAAGGUAUUUGAUAAUCUCAAACUAUGUCAAUUCAUUGUAGCAAUGUUCUUUAGAUUAGCAUACUAUGGAGAAACCGGUCUAUGACUUUUGUUGUAGCUUUGUGUACAUCAGUCUGUAGGUGUUACAGGUUAUUGGAUGAGGUCUGUUUUUGUUAUGAAAUUUGUCAGCUCCUUGUCAUAAUUGUACCAGACAAGGUCCAUCACAGGUAGUUUUAGUUUAGAACUAUUGAAGUAUAAACUAAUUAAUGAAAAAUAAAUCUACAAGAUCCAUUACAAAAUGUAAUUCUUCUCUCAAAGGAAAAACCAGUUUGAAGGGAUGUAUUGUACUUACAGAAAUAGACUGGUUAUCAGUGCCAGGUAAUUAUUGGUUUCUGCUGUGUCUAAAGAUGUCAAGAAAGGUUUUUACAAUUCCAGUCCUCAGUCUCUUGAAGUCAGGCAGGAAUUAUGGAUGUAUUCCCACAAAGCCAGGUGGAUCAAUCCCAAUGAUUGUGUGGAUCACCUGUGUUCAAAAGCGGAUUUCUGCAAAUCUCUGCUACAGGGAUUGAAUUAUGAACUAACUUUUAAAAACACAAUUAUAUCUAGUAAAUGUCUCCAUAGGUUCCGUGUAUUCUCUCCCCCACCAUCAUCACCAUCAGUUCAGUUGAAAACCAACAGAUACAUUGUGAAGAACAUCAUGGAUCGAUAAAAGGUGCAAUGUGUCUAUUUGUCAUAGUCCUAGAGCAGUCGACUUGCAUAAAUGGCUAUGUAGAAACAUAGAAUGUGACUGCAGAUAACCAUUCUACCAGUUCAGCUGGAAGGCUAUUCCAUGCAUCCACUACCCUCUCAGUAAAGUAAUACAUCCUGAUAUUAUUUUUAAACCUUUGCCCCUCUAAUUUCAAAGUGAAUGGUGGAGACAAAAGUUCUAAACCUUCUUGAAUUAAGCAAAUGUAUACUCUUUUAAGGGAAAAGUGGUUCUUACCCAAUCACGUUUGGUGUAAAAAAAAAAAAAUUAAAAUUUUUUUUAAAACUUUUAAAGGCACACAAUAGUCACCAAAACAACUUUUAAACUUGUUUUUUCCUGGCACUAUAGUGUUACUAGGUCCCCCCCCACCCUCGUGGCCCCCCUCCUACCGGGCUCUAGGGGGAAGAAGAGGGUAAAGUAUUAACUUUCUCCAGUGCCGGGCUCCCUCAGCGCUGGGGACUCUCCUCCCUCUUGAGCCGCGUGCGCAUUUAGUCAGUCAAUAGGAAAGCAUACUCAAUGCUUUCCUAUGGACGCUGGCGUCUUCUCACUGUGAAAAUCACAGUGAGAAGCGCCUCUAGCGGCUGUCAAUGAGAGCCACUAGAGGCUGGAUUAACCCUAUUGUAAACAUAGCAGUUUCUCUGAAGGCAGGGUUAAUCCUAGAUGGACCUGGCACCCAGACCACUUCAUUAAGCUGGAGUGGUCUGGGUGCCUAUAGUGGUCCUUUAAUGACGAUAUGAAGAUCUAUAUUCCCCCCCCACCGGUGGCACUAUAAAUGAUUUAUUUUUGCAAGUUCUCUAAUGCAAGGCUAUGAAAGAGCCUGUCAUAGAGGUGGGCAGACCGUUGUCCCAUUUACUACUCAGAACAGGAAGGACACGUUUUGAUUAUAUUCUAAUGAUUAGUUGGCAAUAUGGUUAAGGAUCUAGGUGUAGUUGUGCUUCACUUCCUGUUUACAUGAUGUAGCCCCUAUCAAGCCCAAAGCCUUAAAGACCUUACUACAUUUUAAUUUUUUUCUUCUCUUCAUUUCAGACGUUACCAGCCUCUUAUUUUCUUUCAAGCUUUCUGCAUCUCAGGCAUUGUUAUAUUAAUCAUCAUCACUGUUUUCUCUCCCCUCUUUUUCCUAUUUAUAUGACUUUAAUUUAUAUAAAACAUUAAUAUUACUCAUUAACAAAGAGAAAAAACAAACUAUGACAUAAAGCAGACAAACACAACAUUCACACACGAUGUGUGAAUAGUCUCUCUGCAUUGCUAUUCAAAAUACUGAUAUAUGAGAAAAAAAAUGUAUUUUCUUUUUUUUCUUUCCCUUUUCUUUUCUCCUCACCUUCCCCCCUCUUUUUUUCUCUUUCCUUCUUUUUUUCCCCUUUUCUUUCUUCCCUCUUUCUCUUUCCUUUUUUUCCUCCCUUUCUCCCUAUUCCUUUUCUCUUCCCUUCCUUUCCUCUUCUAUGUAUAUUAAUCUACCGCCGACAAGUUUUUUUUAACCACUUAUUUAUGUGAAAUUUGUUUUCUUCAGGUUUCUAUUCAAACCUGGUGACUAUUGUGUGCCUUUAAAUGUUUGUAAUUAUUUUUUUAUUUUUUUUUACACCAAACGUGAUUGGGUAAGAACGACUUUCCCCUUAAAAGAGUAUACAUUUGCUUAAUUCAAGAAGGUUUAGAACUUCUGUCUCCACCAUUCACUUUGAAAUUAGAGGGGCAAAGGUUUAAAAAUAAUAUCAGGAUGUAUUACUUUACUGAGAGGGUAGUGGAUGCAUGGAAUAGCCAUCCUAAGUUGCGAAAUUAGUAGGUUUUUAACUAUGUCCCAAUUCGGUAGAUUUUUAGUUCUCCACCUUCUAGCAAUAGAAAUCUUUGCUGCUAUUAAUGCAUGGGUAAAAAAGUGUUGCAAAUCUACAUUAUACGGAUAAAUAUUUAAAUGUAAUAUAAGCAUUUCCGGGGCAAAGGGGAAGUUAGAUCCGGUUACCAUUUCAGUUUUGGACAAGAACACUUUCCAAAAUUCCUUAAGUGGAGGGCAACUCCACCAAAUAUGUACACAAUCUCCCACUCCCCCUUCACAUCUCCAGCAUAUAUCUGUUUUACUCUGGUCUAUUUUGUUUAGACGGCUAGGAAAAAAAUAGUCUGUUAAUGAUCUUAAAAUGUAGCUCCACUAAAUUUAAGCAUUUAUUGUGCCUAGCAACUGUCAGCCAUGCUCUAUUCCAGUCCUGUCCAUCAAUUUUUUGUAUUUUUAGAUCUUUCUCCCAUUUUUUUUAUCGUCGGAAACGUCAAGUCACCCACUAGUUGUCUCAAUACCGAGUUACAUUUAUUUAAUAGGUUUUUCAUGUCCUUUCCUUUCAAUAAGUUUCCCAAUUUAUUAUUGAAUUCCUGUUUCUCUUUAUUUAGAGUUUUAUUCAAAUAGCUUUUAAUCCUCAUAUAGUUAAAUUUCUCAUUUUUCGGGAGACCGAAAUUCAUACAUAUUUGUUCAAUCAAAUGAACCCUGGGUCCUAUUGUUAUAUCUUCUAUAGUUUGUAUACCUGCUCUUCUCCAAUUAUUUAUUCUUAGGUCUUGCAUAUUAUUUUCUAGUAUUGAGAUCGGCAGGGUGUUAAUAAUGUGAUUUUUAAAUCCUGCACUUAUUUUUUAUCUUACUCCACAUUCCUCUAAUGGACUCUAUUAGAACUUGGUUGGCUCUUAUUUGUUUCUCCUUCCUGAGUAAACCAGAAAAGUGUUACUAGAUCCCUACCAUCUGCAAGUUCCUUUUCCACCGCAUACCACCUUUCUAGUUUAGCCCCAGCCAAUUGUGAAGUGAUACUAUGGAAAAGGAUACUUGCUUUAUAGUAUUGUUGUAUGACUGAGAUUCCUACCCCUCCCUUAGGUUGAUUAAUCGAGAGGAGUUUUCUUGCCAUUCUUGGUUUUUUUGCUUGCCAUAUGAACUUAGACCAGGCCUGUUGUAUUAAUAGUAGCAAACUAUCGGGACACUCAGGGGGAUCAUUCUAAACAAAUAUAGCCAUUUUGGUAAGAUGUAAGACUUAAUAAUAUUAAUACGGCCCCACCACGAGAAUUCUAGAUUCUUCCAACCCUUUAGGCGUUUAUUAAUUUUAAUAAGCAAUGGGAGAAGAUUGAUCUCUACUAUUUUCAGUGGGUCAGCACAGAUAUUAAUUCCUUAAUAAUUAAAUGAUUUUUUGACCCAUGCAAAGUCAAAUUUCUUCAUAAUCUCAUUUUUUUCUUCUUUAUUUACAUUUACAGCUAAGAGAGUUGAUUUUUCUAUAUUUAUUUUAUAUCCAGAUACCUGGUAAAACCUUCCAGUGAUUUCCAUAAGUUGUAUUAUAGAUUGUAGGGGGUUUUGUAUUGUUAAUUUAACGUCAUCAGCGUAUAAAUUUAUUUUAAUAUUUUCUUUAUUAACAUCAAAACCUACUAUCCUCUGCUCUUGUCUUAUGGCUAAAGCCAAAGGUUCUAAUGCCAUGAUAUAGAAUACCGGAGACAAGGGACACCCUUGUCUUGUUCCGUUUAGCAAUGAAAACCAUUCAGAUCCGAAGCCAUUUCCUACAACUCUACCAGUAGGUACUGUAUAAAGAGCAGAGAUAUUCUGGAAAAGUCUUCCCUCUAAUCCAAAUGCCUGAAGGGUUUGCCUCAUGAACUCCCAGUUGACCCUGUCAAAUGCUUUUUCAGCAUCUAAAGACAGGGCCAACAUGGGAGCCCCCGUUCUUCCUGCAUGAGUCAAAACAUCAAUCAGUCUUCUUAUAUUAUGGGUAGAUGAUCUACCCGGGACAAACCCCACCUGGUUCCCUAUCUAUCACGUCUGGUAUAAUUAUUUUCAAACGUUCUGCUAUCAUAUAUGAAUAGAGCUUUAUAUCGGUAUUUAGAAGGGAAAUUGGACGGUAGUUCUUAAUUUUUUCUGUGUCUUUUUCUUGCUUAGAAAUUGGUACUAUAUUCGCUUGCAGUAAUUCUGCUGGAAUCUUUUCAGUUCCAAAGGAGUUAAAAACGUCGCUCAAAUCUGUUUUGAUAUUGUUUUUCAAUAAUUUAUAGAAGAGGUUAUCAAACCCGUCAGGUCCUGGUGAUGUAUUUUUUUUUAAGUUUAUUAAUACAGAAGAUCAAUUCAUCCUCCUUGAAUACUUUAUUUAAUUCUUGUAGUUAUAAAUCUGUGAUUUUGGGGGAUUUUAAUAGUUUUUAAGAACUCUCUGAUGUCUAAUUUAUUUAUUUGACUAGAAAUAUUGUAUAAAUAAUAAUUUUUUAAAGUCUUCUAUUUUUUCUGUGUUUAAUAAGGUUUCCCCAUUGUGUACGAUUUUAGUAAUAACCUUUUUAACUUUUUAUUUCUUUACUAUAUUUGACAUCAGUGCUUCUGCUCUGUUUCCCAUGUAAAUUUGGACUCCUGUCCAAAUCUGCAUCUAAGAUGCAAUUAAAGUCUCCCAUAACAAUGACUCAACCAGUUUUAACGCUGUCAAUUCUAUUAAAUAUUUUUCGAAUAAAUGGAAUUUGUGCCUGGUUUGGGGCGUAUGUAUUAACUAAUGUGUAAUUUUGGUAAUUAAUUUCGCACACUAAAAUUAUAUAUCGACCUUCUGUAUCAAGUUCUUGGUGAACAAUUUUCAAAGAAAACAAAAAAAGUUACCCCUCUUUUUUUUUUUGGCUUACAGAGGCUUUAAUUAUAGUGGGAAAUAACUUAAGUUUUUUAUUUUUUCGUCUAGUUUCCAGUGUGUUUCCUGUAUAGCCACUAUAUGUAUUUGCUCCUUCCUCAAAAAUUCAAGGAUUGUAUAUCUUUUGAAUUGUGAAUUGAUUCCUUGUGCAUUAAUUGUUGCAAAUCUCAUAUUAUCUUCCUAUUCUUAUUUUUUCCACAGGGAGUCUAGGAGGAAAGACCUACUAUAUUUGAUAAUUAAAUGCUGUCUGGGUUUUCGCCUGAUCUGUCUGGCACAGCAAUCUUUGUAUCAUUGUUUUUUUGAUAUAUGUAUAUAUAUGUAUGUGUGUAUAUGUGUGUAUAUAUAUAUAUAUAUCUAUAUCUCAAAAAAAAAAAUAUGUAUAAUUGUUUUUUAUAAAACAAUUUCUUCCUUGCCUAGACCUGAAAAUGGUAAUCACAAUGCUUGCAACAAGUACAUUUACUCAGUAGAUCUUUCUUAUUUUCUUCUCUACUCAAAGUUUACUAUGUUUGGCUUUGAUUCAUAAUGUUUCUUGGGCAGUUGUUUUCCUGCCAAAUUGUGCGAAAUAAUGAGGCAUAAGUGAAAAGUAAUGGAAAUCGUGUUGUGAUGCAGACAAGUCAAUAUCUACUAAUGGAUCUUGAAAGGAUAAUGCUCUCAUUAAUUCAAUUAAAACUUUGCAAUAAUACCCAGCAUUAAUAAAGGAUGGCUUCGAUGUUACCGCAAAAUGAGCAAAAACCUGCUGGAAAACGUGGACAUGGUUAAGACAACCGCAUUUCCACAGAGCAGUUGGUUAACUAAAUUAGUUUUCCAAGAUGUGUUCUCUUGUCCCCCCCCCCCACACAUAUUUAACAAAAAGCAGGCCUAGUUAUACAGUCUGUCUUUUUGCUUCCGUGAGCACGUUUGCUGUGAGUUAGUGAGACUGUGUUUGAGAUAGUUCAGCAAGGUAGAGCAAGACCACAUCUGGCUAAGGUAGCUUAGUGAUGUGUAGGUUAAAGUGACUAUGACACUUCUGGGAUCUUUGCUUAUUUUGCAAAAACUUCUGAAUAUGACUUCUCAGCUUAGUGCAGUGGAAUGUAUGUAUACUUAGCUGAAGCGGUGCUUUGCGGUGGUCACUGUCAUGUUCUUCUGGGGCAUCCUUUUUAGCUCCUGUGGCCCAAAAAAUAAAAAGACCAUAAUACCCGUUGAACUUAAUAAAUAAAAAAUAAAAUAUUGUCCUCCCGGCCCCCACCCAUGGGCGGUGGACGGGGGCCCUAAAUGAAAAUUGGGGGGCGGGGGGGGGAAAAGAGAGACACACACACACACACACACACACCUGUUGUCCUCCCCCUGGCCCCCACCCAUGAGCUGCGGGUGAGGGCCCUAAAUUACAAAAGGGGGUGGGACCUAUUGUCCUCACCCCACCCCCCACCCGGCCCCCAACCAUGAGCGUCGGGUGGGGGCCCUAAAUGACAAUAGGGGGGGGACCUAUUGCUCUCUCCCCCCCAGGAGGCUGCUCACUGUUUAGUAGAUUGUAAUUUAGGGCCCCCACCCGCUGCUCAUUGGUAGGGAUCGACCGAUAUUGUUUUUUGUUUUUUUUUAAAGUCGAUACCGAUAAUCUGUGAACUUUCAGGCCGAUAGCCAAUAAUUUGCCGAUAUUCUGUACAUUUACCAUUUUGAAAAAAAUAAACUAUUUCUAAAGGUAAAUGCACAAAAUAUACAUGCCACAUGUAGUGGAUGCAGUGUGUUUAGGCAGGGGAGCUGUGUGUGUGUGUGUGUGAGGUGGAUGCAGGGUAUGUUUGUGUAGUGUGUAUAGUGAAUGAAGUGAGUGUUUGUGUGUGUGUGUGUGUGUGUAUAUAUAUAUAUAUAUAUAUAUAUAUAUAUAUAUAUAUAUAUAUAUAUAUGUGUAUAUAUAUAUAUAUAUAUAUAUGUGUAUAUAUAUAUUUUUUUUUUGAAUGCAGAGUGUGUGUAUAGUGAAUGCAGAGUGUGUGUUUUGUAGUGUGUGUAUAGUGAAUGCAGUGUUUUUGUAGUGUGUGUAUAGUGAAUGCAGUGUGUUUGUGUAGUGUGUGUAUAUAAUGAAUGCAGAGUGUGUUUGUGUAGUGUGUGUAUAUAAUGAAUGCAGAGUGUGUUUGUGUAGUGUGUGUAUAUAAUGAAUGCAGAGUGUGUGUGUGUGCAUGUGUGUGUGUGUAUAUAAUGAAUGCAGAGUGUGUGUGUGUGUAUAUAAUGAAUGCAGAGUGUGUGUGUGUAUAUAAUGAAUGCAGAGUGUGUGUGUGUGUAUAUAAUGAAUGCAGAGUGUGUGUGUGUGUAUAUAAUGAAUGCAGAGUGUGUGUGUGUAUAUAUAAUGCAGAGUGUGUGUGUUUGUGAAGGGAUGUAAUUUGUGUAAAAUGGGCUGGAGGGGAAGCAUUUUUUAUUUUAAUUGUAUUUUUAAUAUUUAUGUUUUUUUUUUUUAAUCUGCAGUGUGUUUUUUUAUUUUAAUAAUUAUGUUUUUUUUCGGUCCUUCCUCCCUGCUUGUUGCCUGGCCAGGGAGGGGGGGUUAUGGCAUUCCCUGGUGGUCCAGUGGCAUAUGCUGUGCAGUGGGAGAGGCCGGCACUCAUUGGUUGGGGUUAGGGGCAGGACAUUGGGUCCCCCCAUUGUCAUUUCGCGCUCCCACCCGCCGCUCCUACGUGGGGCCUGGAGGGAGGACAAAGGGUCUCCCAGCUUAUUAUAAUUUAGGACCUGUCCGUUAGGGCCCCCACCGACUGCUCAUAUUGACCCCCAUAGAGUGGGGGAGGGGCUUAGGAAUUUGCUUCUAUUUUUACAAGGAACAAACGGACACUGAUAUUCAGUGUUUGCUUGUUCGUCUGAAAUUUCUAUUCAUUCCUUCGUCUUUCUGAUGAAUUAAUGAAUAGACAAAAUUCCUGUAGCGAAUGCCCAAAACGCCAUCUAGUGUGGGCAGAUGACGUGUCCCACAGGGACUUCAUCUACCCACCCAAAGAUGGCGGCACCCAGGACCUAAGUCCGGGCACAAAAUUAAGAUUAAAAUAGGUAAUAUGGGGGGCUUAGGGGCAUUUGGGGGUGACUAUGGGGACAAUUAGAUGUAGUGGAGUAGGAAGGAAGGUUAAAAAUAAAACCAAAAAACUGGAUUCAGCCAUGUCAGUGCCGCUUUAAUUAAAACCCAAGAAUUCAAUUUAGCUAGAAGUAUGAACUAUACAUUUUGCAUACUUUGUUACUAAGGCUGCAGUAAUGUGACAUUUAGAUUGCUCUGAUGAAAACAGGGGAAAUAAAAGAGAAGAAAAAAAAAAUAGGUGUUCCUUUUAAUUGAAGCUUGCCUUAGUCUGAAAAGGUUGGGAAGCACUGCUCUGUUUAGCCCUCUAUUUAUUUUAUGUCUUUCUUUUUACCCUGUAGUUUUCACUCUUCAUUUAAUUAAUUAUACUGCAGUGUUGGAGUGUGCUAUUUCUGUGUCUGCAGAAGACCGUUUCAUUGUAGUCCAUUUCCUAAGGAGAUCGUACAGUUUUGGAUGCGGUAUCACCAACGGGUUUCUGCUUCACUCUUAUUUGUGCUCCUCUUUCCCAGAUUUUAUUACCUUGCCACCUCCAUGGUCUGUGCCCGGAGCAGCCAAAAGCUAGAUCGCUAGCUGUUACAGAACUAAAAUUCUCAUGAUGUUAAUCUGAUCUGUGCUGGCCAAGUUCUGCAGUUCUUUACUUGCAACAAUCUUCACAAUAGGACUAUGUUACAAACUUCAUAGCUAUGCCUAUUGUCCAACCACUGGACCCUGUAAACUCAUGUGUGUAUGUUAAGCACAGCUGAAAAAAAAGUGGUGUUAAAGAAGUUCAUGGAGGUCAUGAAUAGACCGCAGGGAAUACAAUGAGUCAAAGCAGUUUAGACAGUCUGUUAUUGGAGCUUAUUGCAGAACUAAAAAAUCAUUUAGGUGGAGGAUGGGAAGUAACUUUGUUGGCCGUGCUGUAUGUAUGUGCCUACGACAAUAUAGGCUGUGUAUUCUAUCUAUACCUGCUUGGUUAAAAAUCGAAAUUUCAAGACGUUGAGGUUAUAGUUUGUAUCGUUAAUAACCUGGGUUGGGUAGGUAGGUGAGGCUGACCCCUGCCCAGGAUCCACUGGCUGAGAAUUUGUGGAAUACAGACCAGCAGGUAAUCCAAGGUUAUAGAUUUAUGUCUUAAGCUUGUUUCAUCUUUAUAAAUAUGAAUGAUGAUGAAAGUCUAGAAGAUGGCAGACAAGCAAAGCAAAUUAGCCAGCACAGUCAUUCUGUCUCUCCUCUUUUUGUAAUAGCCUUACACAUGUCGACCAUUCGUUUUUUUUAUUUCUUAAAAAUGCAUACAUUUUGUUCUGAGAGGUAAAUGUGUAUUGUGAGUGCUGUAUGGCACAAUGCCUAUCCAGUGGUUCGAUAUAAUCUGUGUGAGAGUGCACAGAUUUAUACAUAGCUCACAGCAACAAGCAGGAAGCCACCCUUGGGCAAGUAUGGCUUUUAAUCUAUACAUAUGCUGGAAAUUUUGCUUGCCCAGUGUAUAGAUUGAAUUUGCAUAUUUGCCUGGAGCGUACUUUGUCAUCCAGGCAUUUUAUAGGUGACAGGUUCACUAUAUUUAUUCAUCUCUACCGUAUAGCUUCUGCUGGGCGAGCAUUUUGGGGUUAAAAAAACCCAAACAUUUAUUUUACCUAUUUCUGGAAAAUGGAACACCUCUCAGAGCAAUUCAUGGGAUGCAAUUUGUUUACUCCUUGACUUUAAAUACACUGUGACAUUGAUGAUGGAUGUGAUCAGUGUGUUUUGAAGGAAAAUGUAAUUAAGGUAAUUCCAUAGAUUGUGAGCCAAUCCAAAACUAAAGGGCUUGGGGUUAAAAAUGUAGUUAAGCUCGUUUGAGCAGGGUUCUCGUCAAGCGAUCGUUCCUGUAAGUUUUCUUGUAAUUGUCCUAUUUAUAGUAAAAUCCCCCCCUCUUAUAAUAUUGUAAAGCGCUACGAAAUCUGUUGGCGCUAUAUAAAUUGCGAUAAUAAUUAUAGUAUUGAGGAGUGUUACCUGUAUGUGCUGUGUAGGAUCUGCAAAAGAAUGAUUUUUGGGAGGGGGAGGGGGGGGCUGAUGAACAUUUGUAGAUCUAGGGAGGUAGAGAAUUUUUACAGUAUUUAUUUAUAGUUUUCUUUAACACGGUAUGUCACCCCCUCUCUGGCAAUAAAGAAUGAAAUUAUUUUACUAUUUGACUUUCUUUUUUCAUUCACUGGACAAAGUAUAAUUGCCAAAUUGCAUUUUUGUUGUUUGGAUGGUUAAUGGACUUGGUGGUCCUGUGUUGGGUUUUUACUGUGUGCUGGAUUCUUUUGAUCACAUGUGUGUUUAUUCAGUGAGAAUUAAAUCCCCAACGUAUUGUGCUUCUCUAUUUAACCCCCCCUUCAUAUCAAAUAAAAUAUCUUGAAUUGUCCAGCUUUACCUUAACAGUGCUUCAAUGAGAAUUCUAUUCUUUCUGCAGUUAAAAAAAAAAAAGGGCAAAAAAGGUGUGUUUUUUUUAAUAUAUAUAUAUAUAUAUACACACACACACACUCUUCAUGUAAUAUCAUUUUCAUGCUUUAAAAAAAAAAAUAGCAAAUUUGUCAUCCCCCACCACACACUUUUUUUUUGUAACUUGGCACUUUCACACGUUCACGCUUUUUUUUUUUUUGCCUCAUCUGCUGUUGAAUUGCUAAUGAAGAGCUGAAUUUAGCGUGAGACGUGUUGUAGUUGCACUGCUCUGUUACUGGCUGCUCCGAUGAUGACAUCACCAGUGCAGCUGUUUGGUUCUGUGCUCACUAGUGCCUUUAGCAGACUACUUGCCAGGUGCCCGAAUCAUUGCUUAAGUGUAGGUUCUGCAAUAAUCGCGCUCUCAAAGAGCCAUUCAGUGCAAUUGUGUCGAUGCUAUGGAAAGCACAUCUUCUGUAAUUUGGUGCGAUGAAUCCAGAUGCUGGCAUGGUUCAGGUAUUUGACAGCUUACUGAUUUUUCUUUUUCACCUUUUUGUUUUUUUUAAUGUUCUUUAACUUUGUAAGAAUUAUAUUUGUUUGCACCCCCUUUUUAAAACCAUACAAACUAUGUGGGUGUUUUUUUUUUGUUUUUUUUUUUAAUAUCAUCCUUUUGGUAUAUUUUGUUUUAAAUCAAAGUAGCUUAUAUAUUCUGCCUGUGUCCAUGAAUAUGCUGGUUUUAUUUGAAAUGUACUUUCUAGGUUUUAUGAUGUAAUACAUUCAAAACUGCUGCUGGGUUUCCUUUUUGUAGAAUUCAAUCUUUGUUCUGCAAGUAUAAGAUUACAGGGGGUUUAAAAUGAGAGUGAAGUGUUAUUGGGUUCCUAUCUUCAGAGUUUUAAUUAAAUAUCCUCUCGUCAUGGGCUUCCGUAGAUAACUGGGAGUACAGCGAACAGAUCAGGAUUGAUACAUUGCAGACGAAAUAGAGUUAACCCUCUACUAUUUAAAUGACGACUCGAUAAUGAAUUAUUUGGUUACGAAAAUUGCUGAAAUCCAUAAGUGUGUUUUUUUGGGUUUUUUUUGUGUGUGUUUUGUUUUUCCUCUUUCUAUUGUAGUGCAAGUCAUCCUAUUGAUUUGUAAGAAUGUAUAUACUGUAUGUGAAUUUUAUGAAGAUUUUAUAUCCCUUUACAAGGGUCUGUUACAGGCAACUGCUAAGACUUUUUAAUUAAAUGUAUUUGUUACUCGCGUGUUUCAAGUGGUUUAUUACUCUGUAUCAGGGUGAGGGCUGUGUAUCUGUGACAAGUGUUCUAGCCCAUCGUGGUAAUUGGCGUGACCGCCUUAUUUUACUUUGUGAUGUUUCGUAGUAAGGAAGAGGAAUUGUAUUUUUGUUGUUUUUUUUUUUAUUCCCCCGUUAACAUUUUCAUUGCCAGAUGGAAACGUACCUCUUGCUUUGCUAAAUCUUCUGGAAGUCAUGGUGGGUUGCUUCCUGGCUCAUUUGUCAUUCUUAAAAAUAUUUUCAUAUGAAGCUUUUUAAAAUAUUAUUUAUUUAAAAAAAAAAAAAAAAGUAACUACUACGCUAGACACCGCUCUAAAAUAGCUUUCCUUGAGAUCAAUAUUAGAUGAAGCUUGUAUAAUGCUGUGCUGGGUGUUUUCAGAUUUGUCUCAACAUAAAGGAAUCCAAUGGAAACCUAUAAAAUGUGUCUGUGUAUGUAUAUUAUAUAUGUAUGUAUUUAUUUUUAUAUACACACAAAUAUAUAUUGUGUGUGUGUAUGUAUUUGUGUAAUGUGUGUGUGUAUGCCCAAUUUAGAUAUACUGUAAGGUAGUGUGUGUGUGUGUGUGUGUGUGUGUGUGUGUAUAUGUAUGUAUGUAUAUAUAUAUAAUAAAUAUAUAUAUAUAUAUAUGUAUAUGUGUGUAGAUGUAGAUGUAUGUGUGUAUGUGUGUAUGUAUAUAUGUGUGUGUGUGUGUGUAUAUAUAUAUAUAUAUAUAUAUAUAUAUAUAUAUAUAUAUAUAUAUAUACACACACACUGUGUGAGUAUGUAUGCCCAAUUUGGAUAUGCUGUAGGAUAUUCUUUUGUUAAAGUAGAUGGGAAGGGGGUCCUCAUGGCUAGAAUUGUAGAUGGACCGAAACAUGAUUGAAGAGGUCUGUAGAGAAAUCCAGUAAUGUUUCAGCGGAGAGCAAAACCUAGACUGGAUUAUAGUCCCCUAAGUAUAGAGUAAAUACUAAUAUUUUUUGAUACAGAAUAUGAUACAUUUGAGAAUUGAUUAACUGCCUCCAUAUAGAGUCUGUCAUCCAGUGAAAAAACUAGACGUCAAUGUUAUAUAUCGGUCUUCAAAGUGAUAAUUGAUUGUGUGUAUUUAACUGUCCUAGGGAUCUGCAUUAUUAGAUUUUACUAGAAAUAACUAGAAUGACCAAAAUCUUUAUACAAUUUUCUUCUUUAGAGAUACAUUUUUUCAAGUGCUUUGUGUGUAGUGUGGAGAUGAUUCAGAUUCUAAUUGUGUGCUUUUUGUUUAAAUAAUGAUCUAGCUAGCCAAUUAUUACAUACCCUCAUGGAUUUGUUUAUUGGGUUUCUCUCGACUGUUAUACAUAAAAACAUAUUGCUUGUGAUUAUUUACAAACAAACAUUUUAUUGUCGUUUUUGGGGGUUUUUUUAGGUGGAGGUUGCAAGUCUUGCUACUUUACCCCUUUGUGGCUCAAACCGUAACGUUUGAAGCAAUUAUUUUUCUAUUUGAUUAGUACAACAAUUUAUACCCCAUCAUUUUUACUUUGAAUCUCCGUUUUCUAAUAUCUUGAUGUUUAUAAUGUGUAGCACAGAACAAAGUGCCAAAAUCCCACACUUGUUUUCCUAUUAUGUUCCUAAAUCCUUUGGCAGACAUUCUUGGCUCCAAAUGUUCCCAUCAUAUCAUCAAUGCAUAGAACGUAUCUCUUGUAUGAAGGAUUGGGGGAUGGAAGGGGGCAGGGGAAUUGUCUAAUUACCUAAAUAUGUACAGGAAUAGUGAUGUACAUUAAUCCCCCCACCCCCUUUACCUAUGUGUCUCUAAAUCCGUGGAUUGUAUUUAAUAAUUAAAAUAAAUGACUGAGUGUUCUUCUAUAAUAUCGAUUUGCUCUACAUCUUUCAUUCUCCCCCAGGUUGGCGUGAGGAAUGCUGCACUUGACCCCAAGCUUUGCAAUUCAGUCCAGGACCUUACAUUGGUGACAAGGACAUGGGACGAUUUCUGUCGCCUACCAGAUGGUACAUUACAACUGACAUCUUGCUUAAUCUUGGUGGCAAGGAACCCGAGACUCUUUCUCUUUCUGCUUGUGGGGUACCACAGUGUCUCAACAAUAGAAUACAUCAGGUAAAUGUCAGCCUGUGGAACACUGUGUAUGGUGGUGCCAGUUUUAGCCACACCGUUCUUUCUUGGUGUUCUCAUGCCUGAGGUUUCUGGAAUAGUUGUCUUUCUAAACACGUUUUUGGACUUAAAUAAUCAAUAUGUUGAAUAAAGGUGUAGUUGUCUCGUUUGAAGCCUUGGCCAGGAAACUAUUCUCCUUUAGCCCAUGUCAGACUCCCAUUCUAAUCUCCCUGAGGCUGGCUAUGGAAACGGUAUCUGAAGAAAAGCAGUUGCCUUAGCCCUGAUUUAAGCAUUUUGUCCUCAAAACUGUAGUGCUUUCUUUGAGUGUCAAUUUACAUCUGUUUUUUUUUUUUUUUGCUACUCCAAUUCUUUCCUAACCCAACCAGAAUUUAUAUUACAUUGUUUCCCUUGAAUCCUAUUGUAACUGAAUGCUGCAUUUAUUCAUUACUGACUUGCUUUGCUAAAUCAAUAAUCUAAAAACUCCCAAAAUGUAAAUAUCCACGUGUAUGUCUCAGUAAUGUUACUACUAAUUAAGGAUUCUUUUGCUUCUUUUUAAUCCGGUAAUAAAAACAAAACACAUGAUUUAGUAGCAUUGUGUGAACAGUUCAUGGUUGGAAGAGUGAGAGAAUCUUUGGAUUCCAUAUUGUUACUGAGGACUUUCUGUGUGUGUGUGAGUGUGUUUGUAUGUUUUCUAUCUGGUGGUGAGGGGACCUAGUAAAGAGAAAUUGCUUAGUGUAAAGAGAAAAUCCUGUGUGUUUUUUUUUUUUUUUUUCUGGCAGAACUAACAUGUUCAGAUCACCCAUUCUUACAGGGUUAUUCAAUAAAUGCCAAACGUGCGCAAACAGCUGAUCUGGAAAAAAAUGUCCAAAUCUGCUCUUGGCUAUUUUUGCCUCCGUUUUGCUGCUUGGAAUUGGAGUUUAGGGAAUGAACCUGUUAGCAUUUUAUAAUGCUCCUCUUACAGAGCUUAUAGCACAUUUUGUCAAUAAACCAAAACUGACCACCUUUUUUAUUUUGUCGUGCAGCAGAGGGAAAUAUAAUAAACAAACAUUUAAAUGGCUGCCUUACUUGGAGCUAGUAGUUUAUUUCCUGGUAUUAUUAUUCAUACUAAUUAACAGGAUCACAAUGUCCAUUUAACAAAUAGUUUAGAGCCGUAUCCAUGCAUGCAUGUGUGUCUCUCUAGCACCUCCGUUAUAGACCUUUUAUUAGUAAAACGCACUUUAUCUAUCUGUAAUUCCCUUCCUCCCACAUCCUAUUUAAUUAUUAAUACUUUGAGUUACAGUGACAAACAAUAAGAUUAGAUACAUUUCCAUGGAAGAUUCUGAAAGAAACCUAGAAGGGAGUUUUAUUUGUGUGAGCAUGUGUAUUUAAAAAAAAUAAAAAUCAAACAAAAAUUCGAUUCUUUGUUUUAUGCACACGUAAAUGUAUACGUUGGCAUGUUUACUAGCUGUGUUAAGACAUGUGAAGAUCCACUGUGAGCAGCAUUGACAUGCCUUAGAUGAAAAUGUAUGGCCUCAUGUCAACAUUUCGAAAUUAAUUUUUUUGGGAAAAGCUACUUUUGAAUCAAUCACAGAGAAGCAUGGAAAGAGUGUACAUGGCAUUGUCUUGUUUCUGUGGGAGAUAAUGUAUUUGUGUGGAUGCUGGGAAAUGGCCUUUUGUUCCUGUUACCUGUUCAGCACAAUUUUUUUUUUUUUUUUUUUUUAACGCUGCGGCGGAUGGUUCUUCUCUCUCGUUCCCAUGGUAACAGGCCCCAUUCCAUUGUUGAAUCUAUGUUUAGAAUCCUGGCUGACACUUCAAAUGAAACAAUUAAAGCCAGCAACCUUCUAUUUUUCUGAAUUAUAGCCCCUCAAAGACGACGACAAAAAAAUAAAAAUACAUUUAAAAAAAAAAGUCCUUAUUUGCAUUUAAUUCAGUGUCACUGCUAUACAAGCACAAUAAUUGACUUUAAGCAUGCAAAGUAGGGUAUUUUGCUAUUGUUGUUAAUAUGCAGAAAUAUCAUUUAGCCAGUCGUCGCCUAUCAAGAUAGAUUCCAUAGAAGCCUGGAAUGAUCAGGAACUAUCUGUAUGCUGUCCAUUGGUUUAAGUGAUUGUUACCAGUUAUCAAUGGUUAAUUUCCAGCAAAGAUUCUGUAAGGAAUUCUACAACAGACAGACAGACAUGUUAAACAUUAAUCCCUUUUGCCAUUGUAUGCUUCUUGCUUGUUCAUUUAUGUAAUGGCAUUUGAAAUGCUGGCUUCAUUUAGAAAUGAGAGAUUUUGGUUCAUCUUUGAAAGCGACCCUAAAAUACUUGGCAGUCUCUGCACUCCUUUAUUCUAGAUCUCAAAUGUAGUAAACAAGUAAUGUGGAAAUAUCCACUAUAGCAUAGCCCAUAACUGGGGUGUAAAAAUGAAUUCCUCCUAAUGCCUUACUCACGUCUGGGAAAAUUUACAAUAAUUGUAUACUAAGAUCAACUCAUUAUUAGAACCAUACCACAUUAUUUGAUUACAGCUGUCACAAUAACAAGUCAUAAAAAAGUAAAUUUAAUUUUUUUAUUAAAUAUUUCACACUGUGGUAUAUUGCUGCCUCUAAAAAAUAUAUUCUAAAUAAAGAAUAGACAAACGUGGGUUAUCGAAUAUCCAUUUACUCUACAGCCAUCGUACAAUUGGGGCCAUUUAGAUUGCUACACUAUUUCUUCGAAUGUAGACUAUGUAUUUACUCUUAUUCAGUAGAUGUUUGCAUAAAUCUUGAAAAACUAAAAAAAAACAAAAAAAAACAGCACAUGUGUAUUUAUGUUUAAGGUUCUGCAUAUCAUUUAAAGUUCUUAAGUGACCUUUUCCAAUGAGGAUGUCUGGUGCUGUUGCUGUGAAGAACGACACAGAAGAGAUGAAGGGUUCGGAGGCCGACAUGAGACACUCCACCUCCCUAGAAAAUCUCAUGAAAUCCGAAGGCUAUGAGAAACUUCAAGCCGAUAAAGAGGAAAUCUGCCCCGAUAACAAGCAGGAUGCCCUGGUAAGACACCUUCACACUAGCUACAUCAUAUCAAAGCUUGGUCUCCUAUCAGGUUGCCAAAAGAAACUCCUAGAUCUACGAAAGGUUGUCAAAAAUAAACAGAAAAAUAACAAACUGUAAAUAUAAUGCUCCCCGGCCCUUUUAUUCUGCACACUGAGAAGUCUCUGUUAAUAUAUCCUACGCUGAUAACACUUGCUCUUUCCACGUACCAUCUACCAAAAGUAGUUUAUCCGGCUUAGCAAAACUGGCCAUUUCUUUCUGCAAAUCCAGUGGCGAAAAAAACCCUAUGCAUCGCUAAAAUUUAUGGCAGCUUCGGGCUUGCUCCAUUGGAGAUUGUUGAAUAUAACAGACUAUCCCAUGAACUAGUUUCUGAAUAUAACUAGAGUUGCUUCUAAACAAAAAAAUAUUUUCUUUGCUCAUGUGAAAGGCAAAGUUGCAUACGAAUACAUAAAAUAAAAUUUUUGGGCAGAGUGUUAAAGCUUUAAUUUAAGCUGAUGAGUAAAGAACGCUUAGCAUCACAAACUACCAAAUUUACAAAAAAAAUACAUUUAUUUUUAAAACUUCACCUUUAUUGAAUAUUUUAAAUUAUUAACAGUCACAUUCACAUCUUACAGUCAAGUGUGUAUAAUCAGAAUAAUUUACAAUUAUUUAUACAAUCAUAGAGUAUAGACAAAUAUAAUCUUACAAGAACCAAACAGAAAAUUUGGACGGAUACUGGGUCUAUCUGGAGCACAGAUAAUUCCAAUAAUAUAACAUUGGUUCAGCAUAAAACGUGGAGAGGAGAGAAGAGGGAAAAAAAUAAAAACUACAUCCGCAACUAAUUAUUGCAAUUACGUUAAAGAAAAUGUCUCCCCUUCCCUCACUAUCUCUCAAGGCUCUGUAAAAAGGGGCACUCUUGGGGGUAGAUCAUUCAAAGGGUAGGUUAAUUCAACAGGUCACUGGCCUGGCCUGAACUUUCAUAGUAUAAAAUACAUGGAUCUCAUAUUUUUUUGUAUUUAUAUGGUGUCUUUAUAUCGUUAUUAAAGUAUAAUUUUUCUGCCCCUCUCUGGAAAUUUGAGUUUUUUUUAUUUCGAUUCCUGUUGGAGUGCUUGUAUUUUUCCAAUGUCUAGCUAAACACAUUUUUGCUGCAGCCAAGAUGCUAACACAUAGAUAUCAAGUAUAUUUUCCUGUAACGGGUAAAUUGAUAUGAAACAGGAAAGCUUGUGACGUAAGGCUAUAUUCCAAUGACAAGAGUUAUCAGUCGUUCUUCAUCACGUUUUUUGAUAGGAGCCAGUCUCAGGCAUUACGACCAAAUGUAUAUUUGGUUGCCUGGAUAAUUUUGGCAACGCCAACAAAUAUGAUCUAAAUUUGUAUCAAACUUUGCAAGGCGUGUAGAAACCAUAUACCAUCUCUGUAUUAACUUGAAGUAUUGUUCAUGUAGACUGAUACAAUGCAUGGCGGUUCUCGUGAUUCUCUAGGCAUUUUCCCAAAUAUCUUAAGAAACAGGAAAAGCACAAUCUCUCUCCCAACUGGACCCCGCUUUAGAUUUAUUUAAGAUAGUUCUCUUACUUAGGAUUUUAGCAAUUAUGGUAAUUGUUUUAGAGUUCAGUUGUGUAGUAUGAAGAAUGUCUAUUAAUUCUGGAUGACUUGUUAGAUCUGAAGUCAGAAAAUGUUUAAUCCUAAUAUAUUUAAAUAUUUCUUGUGAUGGAAGAGCAUACCUUUCCUGCAAGUUGGAAAAAGAUCUUUAGGUUUCGCUAUCAUAAACAUCUGAAAUUAUUUUUAUAUCGUAGUUUUGCCAUUGUAGAAUAUCUAGAUCUUCUAUAUACAAUGGAAGAGACAAAAUAGGGCUAGCUCUAGUAAUAGGAUUCAUGGUUUGUCUCUUUUUCAAUUCUCUUUCUGAAUCUAAAAAAAACAGGUCAUCAAAAACCGAUAUUAUUUGAUUCGAUAUUUUAAGUUGUCUAAAAUGUUCAUAGUCUAGCCAAAGGAAAAAGUAGGGAUCAAUCCCUCCACAUUUACUCCUUUCAAGAUUAUUCCAUCCCAGAUUUUAUUUCUAUUAAUGUUUAACAUAAAUAGCAUACAUAUUUCAUGCAUUUUAUUGUGGAUCUGGAUAACCCAGUCCUCCUGAAUUUCUUUCUCUUGAGAACAUAACCAAGUACUCUUGUUUUUUUAGCAUUCCACACAUAUGAAGACAAAAUAAUUUACAUUUCUUUUAUUAUUUUUAUUAUUAUUAUUAGAUGGAACUGGGAUCGUAAUAGUUUUAUACAAAUAUACAAUUUUUGGAACCAAAUAUGAUUUAAGUAUGUUUACUCCUCCGAGACAAGAGAUCUCUAAACGCCUCCAUCCUGUCUCCCUAAGAUCUAUAAUCAAAUCCAUGUAGUUUUUAUACAUCGUAGACUUUGAAUCUGAGCAGAGUUUAAUCCCUAAAUAUUGUAUUUUUUUUGUUAGACCAAACAAACUACCAAUUUUUUAAUGAAACUGGGGGCUUAAAAGUACUGAAUCCAAAAAAAGCAACAAAGAGAAAAUGUAUUUUAGGCAAAACUAGGAAUACAACAGGGAAUAUCUAUUUUGCCUAUUCCGUACUUCUGUUGUGCCUAGCGUGCUUUUCUGUUCGAAUCUCUAUUGGGAUGUAUUAAAUAUAACCGUGUGAAAAACCUCUGAAUCAUCAGGUAAUUCAGACCGCUGCUGUUUAUUCCGAGGAUUUUGCGACCUGCUUAGCAGCUGUGAGAUUUCAUACAGCAGAUCAUCAGAUUUUUAUUUUUAUUUUUCCAUUGUUCUGUAGAAAUGUAUAUCCAUCUGCAUAUUUGCGACCCAAAACGCGCCAGUGAAAUAUUAACUCUUCCGACGCACAGUGCUGUGAAUCUAGUAUAUUUCUAGUCAAGUUGCUAUGGUUUUAUUUAUUUUUUUUAAUUUAUUUUUUUUAGAACUACAUAUUUUACUGGUUACUUCACUACCUGACAUCAAGUUUACAUCCAUGCAGAUUUUAUGCAUGAAAUUAUAGCUGCCCCCUCCUAAUCUAUAUCAUCCAAGAAUUUAUUUAAUUGAAUGAGCAUUGCGGAGAACUGGAAAGGGCAAUGCAAUUUACAGGCCAACAUAGCCCAACAGGAGUUUUUGGUUUGUUUGUUUUUCCCCCCGAUUGCCACUUGGCCCAAAUUUUUUAAUUCCAUAUUCAGUUAACCACGAACCUCAUUCAGGCAAUACAUUUCCUAUUCUUUUUACCCUGUCCUAAACCCGACUCCCCUCAGUUGUGCUUUGAGGAAUCAGAGUCUUCCUCUUAUGCUCUCUAGCAGUGUCAUUGGCGGCUCUGGCUACAGCUUCGACCCUUUCUUUUCUAAUUCAUUAUUUCUUUGCAGCCCUCAGCACCCAUGCCACGUCUUCCAGCAUUUGUGUGUAAGACCUAGCUGUUGUUAAAGUAUAUUAGAGUUAAUGGCAUUGGUCAGCUGUAGUUGCACUGGUAAAAGUACCUGGGAAAGCACUAGAGAUAGUUCUAGGUUGUAAAAAAUAAAUAUACAUACAUCUCUAUCCAAGUUCGGAAAGCACAUUCUUGGCUGGUGGUAACCCACAUAGAAAUGUGCACGUUUCAGAAAGUCUACUCAUCUCUACCUUUGUUUAAUGCAUGACCAUUGCCUUAUGGGUGCUGUCUGAAGUCCCCGAAUGGAUCACUCUUAUAGAGCCAUGGCAUUUUUGGUUUACAAGAUUGUCCCAACCACCUAAGGAACCUCCCGCCCCCCUCCAAUAACUUUAGAGUGCAAACUUGGGUUUACAUAGUAAUGGGAUACUGCUGAUACUCUCUCUUCCAGUAGAUGCAUGUCGGUGCAAUAUGUAGGUUAGGUCACAUUUAAGUAUGCUGGAUUUUUAAUCUACGUGAAUCUUCUAUAGUACUUUUUGUUUAUUUUUAUUUUUUUUAGAAAAACUAUUAGUUUCCACCUUUUGUCCCUCUCGCCCACCCUGCCCUUCUUUUAUUUUUAUAAUUUUGCCUUAAAAUUAGUCUGUUUCUGUGCCCGUAAACCACCUCUUACAGGGUAAGUUGAGUGGGAGCUUGAUUAUACUUCCUGAUUUGGUGUGAACUUUUUGCAGAUGCUGCAAAGUAUGGAGGUUUGCAGUAAAUGCAGGAACCAAAGAAAUUUUAUUAUUUUUAAAAUGUUGUUUUGUUUUUGUUUUUUAAAUUAUUUUUAAUGGAUUGUGCAUUCUAUAUUAUGCGUUAAAACUGUUUAGAGUUUCUGUAAUGGGCAUUUACUUCUUCCAAUUCUAAUAUUACCACCAAAACUAGUUUAUCUCCCAGAACCUACUCACAGUGCUGUUAGCACAACUUCAUCUCAUGUAGGAGGUAAAAUUAACAUAAGCUGUCACUAGCCAAGUAGAUGAAACAUUUUAGUAGAGAAUAUAUUUUUUCCCUAGGAUUUGAAAAUGUUCAACUGUCCUGUACCACUCCAUUUUUACAUUUAAUUUAUUUUUUAUAUUAACAUUGUCAUAUUGUGAUUUUCUUUCUAUAAAACAAUAUUGCUUUUCCACAACUGCAUGCCUCGUGCACGCCUUUAUUGCGCUACUAUUGUAUUGUAAAUUGUAAUAAGCUAGAAUUGUUUGUUAUGGGAAAGAUUAAAACACCACUUUUACUGGGGCCUGUUUAGUUUUGUUGCUAUAUUUUUUAAGUAAUAGAAUAUGCAUUUUCAGUUAUUUGUAUGGGCACAGCUUUGUGUCCAGGCAUAGCAUUUUCCCCAAUCACGAUCCCCCCCCUUUUUUUUUUUUUCUAAAUGGCAUGUAUAGUUCUAUUAUUUUAAUGAGAACUUUUGUUGUGCCUACUCUCUAGCGGCAAGUGCAGCCUUUGGGGCAAACAGGAAAAAGGUCUAAGGUACAGUAAUAGACUUGUUUGCUGGCAUGCUUCGACAGAUCAUUUGUGCUCGAGGACUUUUGGUUUUAAUGUGCCAUUCUAGCCUUAAAUGCACAAUUUGCUGCAUCAUUUUGUUGCUUUUGUUGAUUUUACUUUUUAUAUUUAAAUAGUGUGGCUUGUGUGUUUUUUUGUUUUUUUUUGUUGUUGUGUUUUUUUUUUUGGGAUGGUUGAUUCUUCAUUUGGUGUUUGUGCUAGCCUUUUGUUUAAAUAUAUGUGCUUUUGUAGCUGGAAAAAAAAAAGAUUUACAUUUAGAGAUGCACUGAAUUCAGUCUGACUUAGUUUGGACUUUAAUCCAAAUAAAGUUUUCAAUGCGUUAAAAACAAAACAAAACAAAAAAAGGUGUUGACAAACAAAACCACUUACACUGGUAACUGACGUAAAAUAAAACAAAUAUGUUGCCAUACUUUAAGUGAAAAAUCUAUCUAAUUCAGCAUGUUUUUAGGAAUAGAUUGUGUACAGGAAUAGCCAGGAACCUCUGUUUUUGGUGCAUCCCUGAUUUUAAUGAAAGUUCUUUUAAUGCUUUUGCCUUUUCCUGCGGAGCUGUGCUAAAGUUUGACACCUAGUUCUAUUAUAAAUCACUUUCUUUAGUCAAGUUCAAAGUUAAAGCUAGUUCGGAGCCUGGCUAUAUGUGAAGAGUCUCCUCCUCCUUCUACAGCUGAUAUCCCCCUGGAUGCACAGGUAAUAGAUGCAUUGGUUAUUCAGUGGGUUACAUAACUUUACUAAGUUUUCUUAUUCUUUUUUUUGGUGGUUUAAUUUGACAUGCUCAUCUUUGCGAACUGUGUGACUUUCCUAUAAUAUUGUUCUGUGAGCCGCUACCUCUGAACUCAUAGGCUUUUUGUUUUGUUUUUUGUCAUUUUAUUUUUUGGUCCUGUUGUGGGUGAGUGUGUGUGCAAUUCAGUCCCCUCUGCGUAAUUUACAGGAUAGAACCCAUAUGUUAUUCUAAGGUAAAUGCUAGCAGUUAUAUAGAAUAAAUCUUGCACUUUGCUAUACAUUUCACGAUGCCAAGUGCUGCAUUCUGCAUUAUGGAACGCCAUUUACCACAUGUUCAGAAUGAAUGGACGUGCAUGCACCCACUGCAGCUGUCCUGCAUGCAAGUUAUUCCUUUGACAGUGAUACCUAAUGGCACUCUAUAUAAGAUAUUUGUGAAACCUUGGUAUUUAUCAAGCCCAAGGCUAGCUAAGCAUCAAUGAAAAUGUAAUUUAAAGCUAGUCUUCACUGCUCCUAGUUGCAUAUAAUUAGCUAUAAGCUAUUUUUAAUGAUGUUCACUUGCUAGCAUUUUGUCUAGCACAGUGUAUGGUAGAUAGUGAUCUAUUUGUAUGACGGGGGCAUGUGCGUAUGUGUGUGCAUCCCAAAUCUGUCUGAGCGAUACUUAUAAUACAAAUGAAGUGUGUUGAAAGAAUGUAUGAAACCCAUUUUCCUUUUUGUUCAAGUGUUACAUUUUAGUAGUUGUGGUUUCUUCUGGGAGUUAUAAAGUAGGGGAUGGCUUGGCGUUGACUGUCCCAGUUAAAUGUGUACCAACACCAUUAGGAUUUUAAUCUGAUAGUGUUUUAAUGCCAGAUGUCUUUACAUUCAACAUGCUCUCUAGUUUUGCUACCAGUGCAUUCCAGGUUUGAAAGGAACCUUACAGAAUCCUGGCAAGGUUCCCUUUCAAUUAAAGAGCCAUGAAUCUGGAAUCUUUUACCUACUUACUUAUCCAUUUAUGGACUUCAAACCUGUUGUAUAGAUCAGUAUUGAAUGUUUUUUUUAUUCUUUUGUUAUUAUUUCUUUCUUCAAAUCUUUAUUUUAAUGAAGAGUUUUUCACAAUACAUGUUGAAAAAAAAACAGAAAUAUGAAACCAGGUAUAUUAUACUCGUGAAUGUGUCCUGGACAUUGCUGACCUAAACAGUGUACAAAAAACAAACAAACAUUGAAUCCUUGUAGCAACACACUACAUGCAUCAGGUGAAUGAGGACAAGAAAAAGCCGGUCUAAAAUCUUGGGAACAUUUGUGCAAAUACCUUUUAAAGUGCAGUUUGCUUAAUAACGUAGUGAUUUAAUGUUUUCCACUUACAUGUCCACAUUAAAUAUGUAUGUGGCGUAUCCUGUUUUGGUUAAUAUUAUUCUGUACUCAAACCAUCACUGAUGUUUUACUUGAUAUAUUUGUGUUCAGCUGUAUGGUUCUGUUUUUCACAGUUCUGUUUUCCAUUUUUAUUCCAUCCAGUGAGCAGUACUUAUCCUGCAGAAUGAUUUUCAAUUCUCCUCCUUCCUAGGAGUAGAAUAUGGGUCGGGUUCCAACAAAAGUGGGUGUUCUUUAAAGGUCUCUGCUCAUUGGUUACGUGGGGCCUGCCAAUCAUGAGUGAUGAGUCAGGCCUAGAGCCGCUUAUUAAAUUGUUAACGGCUCACUAUAGGCACCAGACCACUUCCUUUCAUUGAAAUCGUCUGAGUGUAGUACCCCUGACCUAUUAAGCCUGCAAUAUAAAACACUAGUUUUAGAGAAACUCAAGUGUUUACAUUGCAGGGUUAUGACUGCCUCUAGUGGCCUCUACCAGACAGCCACUAGAGGAGCUUCCUGCUGUUUUUCAGAGUUUAGCUUAGAGAGACAAUGCUGGACGUCCUUCAACUUUGAGUACAUCCAGUGUCUUGAAUAUCCCUAUAGGAAAGCAUUGUUUCAAUGAUUUCUAUGGGGAAGGCCUAAUGCCCGUGCAGGUUUUGCUAACUAUCUGUAUAUUUACAUGUUGGGAUUUAGAUAUGUGUGUUGGAAUCCCUUUUGUUUUAGUCUUGGAUCAUCCAUGUUGAUGUCAUAUCAUUAAGCUGUCUGCAUUGUUUUAUGUACAAUUUUCAGUUGAGAUUUUUACUUGGCCUUUGCCACAUUUUAAAUGCCCCUUACAAACCAGCCCCUAGAUAAAUGCUAUGUAUAAAAGGAAGAUUUUUUUUAAAAAAAACUAUAUUCUCUGUUUGCUUUGUUUAAUACUUCCAAGUCAUUGCAUGCUGAUUUUGUGUGAAAACAUUAUCUGGAAGAUAACACUGCUCUACUUACCAUGAAACCGUAAAUCUGAAACAUUUUCAGGUGCAGCGUAUUUGGCAUUAAAUAAAAAAGGCCUUGUUCAUAUUAAAUAAAAUAUAUUAUUUUGUUUCUGCUUGUGCCACAUUAUCACAUUAUCUUCUUUGUUCUUCUUCUUAUGCUGGUCUGCAAGGCCAAUGACAACCUGGCUCAUUUGCUGGAAAGGGACCUUUUUUAAUUCAAGCAGUUGGGUUCAGAUUCUAGAUAUGUCUCAUUAUUUGUGAAGGUCACUUGAUUCUUCUGUUGCCCCUGUAUGCCAUUUCCCCAAAUUGGCUUCACAGCAGGGCUCUAAUUUAAUUAGAAAGCACGGCGCUGUCCUCAUUGGUGAAAUAUUUUAGUUUGCACUGCAAUGUAGAUUCAGAAAUUCAUGUUCUAUUCUACGUGGUGCAUCUACAGCCCUCUGUCUCGAGACUAGCUUUGAAAUAAUGAACCGCCUUCUUUUUUUUUUUUUUUUUAAGACAGGGUAACUUAGUUUGCAUUCUUCUUUAACUAGCUGGCCACCAUAGGUAAUCUAAAUAGGGCUAGUGAUGGCUAACAUCACCAUACACUUCCUGCAAUGCACAGAAUACACAAGCCAGUAUCUCGCCAACUUCUGCAGUGUCGAGGUGAGAAAUCGUUGAAAUAGACCAAAGAGUUUGGAUGUUUUUAUCACCGAUGCUUCUUGUCUCUUAGUUUUCAACACUGCUAGGGUAAGUAAAGCAAUCCCUGGGAUGGAAUGUGCAUAAAUUUUAAGCUCUAAUUGGAAGAGAGUGCCAUGUUGUUCUGCCGUGUACGACUGAGUGGGGUUAAACGGCACUCUUUUCUUGUUAAUAUAUUGCUUUGCAGAUUCAUUGUAUGACAUAUGCUCUUUGAAUGUGAAUGAGAUUUUAUUUCAAAUCCAUAGGAAACCAUUCAAGUCCAGCUCACGCCCUCAUUUGGGAAAGAGGAGAAACCACUGAAAGAUGAAACCGAAAAAGAAAAGGGGAAUGAGAAGUCCUCUCGAAAAAUGCUGUCCAGAGGUAUAUGUGUUUUUUGUUUAUUUUCUUGGAUUGUUGCAAGGUAUGACCUAAGCCACUUGCCGCAAGACAUUGUAUUGUAACAAAUGUCUGUUAUACUGUCCUUUAGCCUCUUCAAGGCCCUAACAUUCCAAUCACAUUUUUUUUUUUUUUUUUUUAUUGACUUGCUUUGUUACUUGACCAGAAUUCUAGCUGUACUGACCCUUCCAAUAACACUAAAUUUCCUCGGAGACCGUAGUCUCUCCACAGUACUGUCGCUUAUCUUUGCUAAUGUCCUUGUGAGUUUUGUAUUUUUUUUUUUUCUGUUUUUUUUUUUUAAUAUCCUAGAUGUUUUUCUCUUUCUAGAUUCCAGUCAGGAAUAUACAGAUUCGACAGGAAUUGAUCUACAUGAAUUUUUAGUCAACACCCUGAAAAGUAAUCCUAGGUAGGAUAUACUGAUUUUUUUUUUAAAUUUUUUUUAUUUUUAAAUUUUAAUUUUUUGUAACGUCGAAUGAGUGUGUGUGUGUGUGUGAUGUCGAAUGAGUGUGUGUGUGUGAUGUCAAAUGAGUGUGUGUGUGUGUGUGAGAUGUGACGUCGAAUGAGUGUGUGUGUGUGUGAUGUGACGUCAAAUGAGUGUGUGUGUGUGUGUGAUGUGCGUCAAAUGAGUGUGUGUGUGUGAGAUGUCAAAUGAGUGUGUGUGUGUGUGUGAGAUGUCAAAUGAGUGUGUGUGUGUGUGUGAGAUGUGACGUCAAAUGCGUGUGUGUGUGUGUGUGAUGUCAAAUGAGUGUGUGUGUGUGUGUGUGUGUGUGAUGUGACGUCAAAUGAGUGUGUGUGUGAUGUGACGUCAAAUGAGUGUGUGUGUGUGAUGUCAAAUGAGUGUGUGUGUGUGUGUGUGAUGUGACGCCAAAUGAGUGUGUGUGUGUGUGAUGUCAAAUGAGUGUGUGUGUGUGUGUGUGAUGUGGACGUCAAAUGAGUGUGUGUGUGUGUGUGAGAUGUCAAAUGAGUGUGUGUGUGUGUGUGUGUGUGUGUGUGAUGUGACGUCAAAUGAGUGUGUGUGUGUGUGUGUGUGAGAUGUGACGUCGAAUGAGUGUGUGUGUGUGUGAUGUGACGUCAAAUGAGUGUGUGUGUGUGAUGUGACGUCAAAUGAGUGUGUGUGUGUGAUGUGACGUCGAAUGAGUGUGUGUGUGAUGUGACGUAAAAUGAGUGUGUGUGGUGUGAUGCGAUGUGAUGUCGAAUGAGUGUGUGUGUGGUGUGAUGUCGAAUGAGAGCAUAGCUAACUGUGUAUCGUGUGUGUUAUGGGAAAAUAAUGACAUCAGAUUUCCGAAGACAUUGUAAUAAACUAUGAGACCAAAGGUUUCCAUGGAUUAUAAAGGUCUCCAGAACAAAUACGCAUUUCAACAUUCGGUAUAUUUGACGUUAUAUGCUAUUUUUAGAUAAGUAUCAGUGUAAGUGUUAAUGUAGUGCAAGAGUUAAUCUUUAGAGAUAAUGUAGGUAUGAAUGUUUAGUGUAGUGUAAGGAUUAAUGUGUGGUGUGUAAAGGUUGCAGAUGAGGCCUUUACUGAGAUUAAUGGGAGUUAAAGUCCUGGGUAGCUUUUUAAGCCACUAUUAUAAGGCAUAGGACCGGUAUGUAAAUUGUUUAACAUUCUGCAUCAGCUUUCUGAGAGUUUGUAUGGUCAAGCAAUGUUAGUUACCUUUUCAGACUCUGAGAGUCAUUUUAAUGGAUAACUGUCAUGUCUGGAUGGAUAUGAUAACUGGCAUGUCUGGAUGGGAUUUUACAUGGUUUGUUUUAUUACUGUAAUGCUGUUCUUAUUGUUGUUUUACUUUUUCAAACGGACGUACUGUAAUCACUUAUCCUUGUCCGUUCCAGAGUAGUGGGCGGAUGAUAGGUUUCUCACUUACUAUACUUGAAUACAUGGUCACCUUGGGAAGUUAAAGGCAAAAUAUGUUUGCUCUGCAAAGGAUAUGCAUUAGCGUAUAUUUGCUGCUAACCUCCAGUGAUACCAUUCCUCUGAAUAAUUAGCCACUUUAUGUUACUAUUAGGUGAACCAUGAAAGGUUAGGUAAUGUGAUCCUAGCAGCAUCUGAGUGAAAUAAUGUGGGGAAAUAAGUCAGAUAAGGUCCACUCUCUCUGAUGGUCUUAUUAACAGUAAUGUUCUGCUGAUGUCCUUCUUAAACUUUGUUCUGCAAAGCAGCUUGUUUGAUUUCAUUAUGAAAAAGUGUAAAGUUACUGCAUUAGCUCCGUUUUCCCUGCUUAGAGGAAUAGAGCUGCGUGCUGUCACAUUCUAUUUUAUUUAAUUUUUGUUGCCAAGCAAUUUGCAGUAAUUUCCCCAAUCAUUCUUAAUAUUGAACUUGGAAUGUUCGCUUUAUAGAGACAUCGAACCUAAUAGACGUUUACACCGAUAGCCGGACGUGUGUGUCUAUGUAUGUAAGUCUGUGUGUGUGUGUGUGUGUAUGUAUGUAUGUGUGUGUGUAUAUGUGUGUGUGUAUGUAUAUAUAUAUAUAUAUAUAUAUAUAUAUAUAUAUAUAUAUAUAUAUAUAUAUAUAUAUAUAUAUAUAUAUAUAUACAUACAUACAUACAUACAUACAUACAUACAUACAUACAUACAUACAUACACACACCCAUAUAUAUAUAUGAAAUGGCUAGCUAUAAUGCUAUUUUAAAUUACCUCAUCAUGUUCCUUAUAAAUUCCUUCUCCACCUGUUUGUCUCAAUCCGAUAGUUUGUUCAGUUUUACUUUAUUUUUUUAAAAUCUGUUGGUGAUUUGACACACAACUGGGUAAAAUAUUUAUUAUCCUGAUAUAAUACUCCCGUGUACUUUUUAUUUUAUUUUUUUAUUUUUUUUAAGAUGGAUGUAAAAAGGCCAAUUUACCAAUUCAAAAACCAAAUCAAGAAAAUCAGGUGACAUUACCGCUUUAAUAGAAACCCAGUAAUACUUUUAUUCUACCCUUUACAUAUACAUUUAGAAGAGCAUGUUUUUCAACAAAUAUAUAUAUAUAUAUAUAUAUAUAUAUAUAUAUAUAUGCAGAUCAGCAGGUACGUGUGUAAAUAGAAACCAUCACUAGAUAACAAAGAGUGUAUCCCGCCAUCCGAAUCGGAGAAUGCAGAUACAAAAAAUAUUGGGAAUCGUUAAGUGAUCAACACAAAAUGUGAGAGGCUUGUUCAGAGUUGGUGCCACCGGAGAAAGGUUCUGACCUUUUCCUCCAAUCUUUAAACAUGUAUAUUAUUCUUAGAAUUCACCAGUGGUAUCAUGCCAAAUAUGACGACCAUUAACAUUGUCCGUGAUAAUGCAGCAUAGGUUUGAUAUCCUUAAAGGAACACUAUAGGGUCAGGAAUACUAUGUGUUUUCUUUACUGACCCUGUAGUGUUAAAAACACUAUUUUGGUGGUUGGCCCACCCAGUGUCAGCCCCAGAUCCGCCUCUUUGGCUGACCUCAUUAGAUUUUCCUAUAGGAAAGCAUUGGAUUGGCUGAGAUCAGUUCUGAUAAUCUCAACCAAUCAGGUUGAUCACACGCUGCCCUGGCUAUCGUUUCGUUUGUUACUGGGCAGUCUGACAUUGUAUCCACGCUUUUGAUUUGGAGGACGUUGCUUUCAUACUUGGCCUGAUAAUGAAUCUACAAUGUGCCAAAUGCUUUUUAUUUUGCUAUAGAUAAACAGCACCACUCUGACACACUACUAACCCGUACUCAACCACGGCUAGGAUUCUGUCAAUGGCCAAGCCUAGAAUGUGGAGUUUAAAAGAACUCUCAAACAUCAGGAGAAAUUGUUACCCAGUGGAAAGAGAGGCAGACUUUAAACUGUACCCAGUGACACACAACCGCUACUAGGUAACCAGUAGGGUUGGUAAGUUUAAAUCUAGAAGCAAAGAUCCAAUAAAUCUUAUUUUGUCAUGGGUCACAGCACCCUCUUUGUCAUUGCAGUGACCUUUCGUGUUAAACUAUAAAUACAGAGCAUCUGGUUGGAAAGCACGUAGUGCGUGCCUGCAGCGCUAUGGGCUUGCCAGAACGCCACUCGACAUAUACGGGAUUUUAAACUUUUGCAGCCAGCAAUAUUUUAAAUUCUGUAUGAGUGUUUAUUGGCUUGAGUUUAAAAAAAUAGUAUACAAUUAUUGCAAUCUGCCCGAGGUAAGGUUUAAAAUUAAAUAUUGAUGUAGUUUGUAGCCAUAAUGUUUAAAUUACAAAGAAAAAACACAUCUUUUCUAGGCUACGUUUCUUCUUUUAUAUCUGUUAUAUAACCUUAUUUCUUCUUUAGAGUGAUAUGUUCACCAAGCUCUAGAACGUUGUGACUAUUUAUUAGGGUGAUGGGUAGAUAGUCACCAGUCAUUUUGGUACCAAGAGUAAAUCCCAUACUCCUUCCCCCACCCAUGUUUGGUUUAAAUAUUAUUUCCCCAGAUUGUUAUUUUUCAAUCCUUUCUUCUUAUUCGUGCAUGGGGUUGUGAUUUUUUUUUUUCUUCUUCUACGUCUUUUUCUAAUUUGCCUGGUUUCCAACCCUCCAUUCUCACCCCCGCCCCCUUUUCAUUUCUUUUUUUUUUUCUUUUUCUUUUUUUUUUUUACGAACUCUCUCGCUGACACUUUAAGAUUCGGUUCCUUUUUCAUUAGAGGUGGUUUUGCUUUAAUAAAUCUUUCUCAACCUCUCUGUUCGGCAGGCCCUCAUGAACAUUAUUAUUAUAAUUAUUUUUUUUUUUAUAUAGUGCCAAUUUAUAAUGCAGAGCGUUACAAUAUUAUAAAGGGGUAAAUGUAACAAUAAAUGAGACAAUUACAAAAUGUUACAGGAACAAUAGGUAGAUGAGGAUCCUGCUCAGAUGAGUUUACAAUCUAGAGGAGUGGAGUAUAAAGACACAACAGGAAGGGCAUCAAGGGGGCUGCAGACAAGGUGGAAAAGUAGCAGAACAGGAGGUGAGAGUGGCGUGAUAUCCCACUAUGGUCCCAUACUGUGGUAGUGGCCAUAUUGCUCAGUUGACAGUGGAUAAUUCUUUCACAAAAAUUAUUCUGUUUCCAAUUGCUGUUUUGAAUGGAAGGAAUAAAGGAUAUUUAUCUCUGUAAAUGUAAAACUCUCUGGUUCUUAAGAUAUUAGCAACUACUUUUGUGAUUAGAACUUAUAAGCACAAUGUUUAUCUGCAGUUAUUUUAUUAACCACCAUAAUCUUUUAAGUGUCAUUGUUUUCCAGUUAAUACCCCAGGAGUUUUCUCUCAUUCCUUAUAGCUGUAUAAUCAAUAACUCCCUAAUGUAAUUUUAAUUUUCCACUUAAACUUCUAUGUAAUAAUGAGGCAGUUAAUAAAAUAUACAGAAGUGCAGGUAAAACGUUUUUACCUUUUAGGGAAAAAAAUACACAGGAUGAUGAACUGAUGGAGGGGAAUAAAUAUCUUAAAAUGAUUGUUUUCAUGAUAAUUAUUGCAUUAGUACUGCAUUAGGUCUUUUAUUUAUAAUUUUUCUUUCCUCUGAGUAAGUUUACACCAAACCGGAUUAAGGGCUCUAUAAAAGGGAUUCUCCAAGUAUCCACCACUAUAUAUAGAGAUAUAUAAGAUUUCUUAGAUCUUGAAAAAGGGCCAAAUAGCAUAUUGACGGAAAUUGAUAAAUUUGUCCAGAAAACAAAAAAGAUUAAUAUUAAAGGUUUCAGUCGUCAAGCUAAUUGUUCAUUUGUGAUGGGUGUUUUCAGUUUUAUUUCAUAGAUUGAAUGAUGAAGUUGUAAUACUAGAUCAUUUCACCUAAAAUGACAAAGCUACAUUUGUAUUCUAAAUAUUUGUCUAAGGUAUAAUUAUAGUUUUAAUUUUGCAAUUUUCUUACUCUCUAGCUGCAUGUCAGGUGCCUACUGUGGCCCAAAAUUUAACAAGGGGUGGGGAGUGAGGGAUUAGCAAAGCUGUAACUUCCAACUAAAGUGUACUUCCCGAACACCAGCAUUGCAGAUUAACCAUCAACUAAAGUGUACUUCCCGAACACCAGCAUUGCAGAUUAACCAUCAACUAAAGUGUACUUCCCGAACACCAGCAUUGCAGAUUACCCAUCAACUAAAUUGUACUUCCCAAACACCAGCAUUGCAGAUUAACCAUCAACUAAAGUGUACUUCCCAAACACCAGCAUUGCAGAUUACCCAUCAACUAAAGUGUACUUCCCAAACACCAGCAUUGCAGAUUACCCAUCAACUAAACGGUACUUCCCAAACACCAGCAUUGCAGAUUACCCAUCAACUAAACGGUACUUCCCAAACACCAGCAUUGCAGAUUACCCAUCAACUAAACGGUACUUCCCAAACACCGGCAUUGCAGAUUAACCAUCAAGUGAGACAAUCUGGGAAAGUUUAGUCCCCAAGCCAGAAAUCUAAAAAAAUAUUUUGCAAGGUACCACAGUUGUCCCCACCCUCUCUCCACCCCCCGUCUCCAUCCAAAUUAUUAUUAUUUAUAUAUUUUUCAUUAAUCAGGUCCUUAAUUUGAAAACUCUAUUUUAUUUUUGCAGAGACCGAAUGAUGCUGCUGAAGUUGGAACAGGAUUUAUUAGACUUCAUUAGCACCAACGAGUAAGUUUUAUUCCAAUUACUCCAUGCUUUUACAAAUAUUUGAGCUUGGUUUGCAAUUUGCCAAAAAGAGUGUCUUUUUUUUUUUUUUUAUGCACAGUCUGUCUGUCUGUGUGUGUGUCUCUCUCUCUCUCUCUCUCUCUCUUUUCUUUGCAUUGAUUUAUUUUAUUUUAUUUUUUUCCCGUAAAGAAUGCAACGUAAAAAAUUUCCUCCAAUGACGUCCUACCAUAGAAUGCUUUUACACAGGGUCGCUGCAUAUUUUGGAUUAGAUCACAAUGUGGACCAGAGUGGAAAAUCCGUUAUUGUUAACAAAACCAGUAAUACGCGAAUGUAAGUUAAAUAAUUAAGUUCUGUAUUUACUACUCUAAAAAAAAACUUGGUUUUAUACCUGGUUCAGUAUUAGCAUUUUUAAAUUUUAUUUUUUAUUUGCUUGUUUAUGUUUUGUGUACAUCACAAAAAAUGCUCUCGGAGCAAAAGAAAUGAAUAUAUAUCUUUCUCUAAAUUUUUUUCUUUUGUUGCUAUCUUAGCCCGGAUGAGAAGUUUGAAGAACAUAUAAAGGAUGAGAAGAAUGUAGACUUUCAGAAGCGUUACAUUCUGAAAAGAGAUAACUCGAGUUUAGACAAAGAUGAUAACCAGGUCAGUGUAUUGUAUUUGUAUUUCUUCGUUCUCCCUUGACCUGGAGUGGUUGGUGCAGGUAUAGUAAUAAAUGAUCUUUCUACGCAGAUGAGGAUGAGAUUAAAAGAUGACAGGAGGAGCAAAUCCAUUGAAGAAAGAGAAGAGGAAUACCAGAGAGCCAGAGAACGAAUAUUUGCGCAGGAGGUAAGUAUUAAAAACGUUUAAACCCAGUCUGAGUUGUAUAAACUGUUGGAAACGGUUUCCUAGUUUAACUGGUUCAGUGUCUACCCAUCCCACCGAUUUACAUUACACCAAGAAAAGUAUAUACGUUUCAAAAGCUGUACGCUCCAGGUUAUUUCUCCCAAACCUUGCCACGAUACAAGUACAUUUUGUUUAAAGUAAAUGUAAUCACAUUACCUAAAUCUACUCAAUGUCCAACUAAUUACUCACCAGUGCUUACACUGAUUCAUACUUUGUGUAAAAAAAAAAAAAAUUCUGUAUAAUUCCAAAUGUAUAGCAGCUAUACACUAGGGAUGCUCUACCUUGAGUGGGACAGGUAACCUCCUAUGUUUAAAAAAUAAAUAUUUUAUUUAGUCCCUCCCUAGCCAGCCUUUAAGUACCUGAAUCCUGGAUCAGGUUCUCAAUUCUUAAUUGUCCCCCCAAGCGGAAUGGACGGAUGACCUCAGAGUGAGGUAACAUCCUCCAACAAAUGAGUUAAAAUGAUUUAUUAUAAAACAAGGGAGUUGUUGCUCUGGCACAACAUCAAAUCCUACCUUGGAACCUGUAUGUUACAAAUGCUGUGAGUGAGAGCAAGGCUUGGUAUGCAUUAUUGUGUCCUUACAUUUAUGUUCAAAAAAUAAAAUAAAAUAAAAAUAUAUAUUCAUUACAUAUCCAGGUACGGUUAAAAAUACCACUUUGCUUCUAUAAAAACAAAAAAAAUAUUAUGAUGACAUUUUAGUGGCUUUUGGAGUGUGGUAUCAACAUGUCCUUUCAUUCUUAUUUUAAAAGAUGGAAUAUUUCAGCUCAAGCACAGAUUUUAGCAACAGCCAAAUAGACUUCAAUUUUACAUUGAUGGCACCAAAUGCACAGCAGUCAUACAGUUACUUUCAUGGUAAUGUUUGUUGAUCAUUCAGAGCUCCACAAAGACAUAAUCAAAACUAUUAUGUAGUUGAACGCACCCUGUCAUUUUCCUUCAUUGUAUCAUUCACUUUUACCCACACUCUAUUAGAAUGUCUAGGUUUUUAGCACAAGGGACAAUUUGAAGAUUUUUAUUUUUCCCCAAAAUGAAAUAGUCUAAAUAAAAAGCUGGUCGCUUUCCAUGUGGAGUUGUAAUUGGGAUUAAAACCACUUAAAUUUACACAAAUGUGCGUGCCCCAGUUGAAUAGCUUUCAGUGUUGCAUGCUUGUGUGUAGUUCUACUUUGGCAAUUAAUUAAUAUUAUACUAUAUUUCCAUUCAUUGAAAAUGUACAUUUUCAAAACCUAUGCACAUGUUUUCAAACUGCAGAAUAUUUCUCAACCCCAUUGUCCUAAAUCCUCUAAAUCUAUUUAAAGGGGAACGGUCCCUUCCCUGGAUUUUUAAUUUUAUGUUUAUUCCUAUAUCUGGCAAACCUGUAUUUGUGAGUUGUGAAAAAAGCAGAAUAGAGAACAUAUAUGGAGAAAAUAAUAUAUUAAAACAAUGUUUUUAUUUCUCCUCUUCAUUUGCAUUUUUUGCCCUGGUUGUGCCUGGUGUUAACUGGGUUGUGAUGUAAUUUGCUAAAUCUUUAAUACAAAUUUAAAAGAACACAGAGCAUCUCAUGGGUAAAAGGUUAACACAAUUUAUAGGUCAUUUUCAAGGUUUUAUUAAAUUGUAUGCAUUUUGGAGAAGUGACAGUUUCUCUUUUUUAAAGUUUAAUCUUUGUUUCUCUGUAUAUUAAGAAAUAUACUAUAACACAUUAACCGGGUUUCUUUUUCCCAUCAGUCCUUGUGUUCUCAGGAGAAUUACCUUCCGGACAAAAGGUGGGUAAUGUAUGAGAUCUGCCUUUUGUUCUUUGCUGUAUUCAUUCAUAUGUUUCCUGCAAUCUGCUAACCUGUUUUGUUUAAAAACGCCAGCAGAAUUCAAGAUGAAGAAAUGAACAUGACACAACAAAGGCGUCAGAUAUUUAGGUAAUUCUAAUAUUCUAAUAUUGCCCUCUUUUUGUGUGCUGCUGUUUUUGUUGAGUCCACACUAACCGUUCCAGUUGCUUAACUGACAGGAUCAAUAAAGAUGCUUCGGGUAGGUCGGCAAAUAGCCUCUACAGCAGUACGGAGAAUGACUUAAAGUACAACGAACCUCGGCCAUGGAGCAGCACUGAUUCUGAUAGCUCGAUCCGAAAUCUCAAGCCUGCCGUCACCAAAGCUAGCAGCUUCAGUGGAAUUUCUGUUUUGACGAGAGGCGACAGCUCUGGAAGCAACAAAAGUACAGGGAGGCUUUCUAAAACAGGUAUCAUUUGUAUGUGUGCAUGAAGUGGUGGCAAUGGCUCUCCUUUUUAUUUAUUUUAUGCUUGUUUUGGUACUUGUUUACACAUGACACCUUCGUUAUUACAGCUCUUGCGCAAACUCCUACCGCAUGUACUUGUCUGCAUUGUAUCGAACGUAUUUGUUCUCAAGGACGACUGUUGAGGACAAUAGCAGUCUACAUGUGUCGCAACCUUCCCAACUAAUUGAAAAUAUUUCAUUCUGCAUAUUUUUGUAUCCAGAUUAAUAGGAGAACUAAAUGGAAAUAGAAUUUUAUCUGUAAAUAUGGGAAGGUGGUGUUGCUAUAGUUUGUAUAAGAUAUCACAAAACUGUCACAACAACCGUCACCCUUGUGAACUGACAUUUGUCUUCUUGUUGUGUACAUUCCUGCAUUUGUUGCAUUGUUUCACAUUGACUAGAUCAUAUGGUUUACAUGCUGAAUCUUUAAAAAAAAAUAUAUCUAUAUGAAAUUUUAUUCUAACUGUAUUUUGAUAGUAAUAUAUAUAUAUAUUUAUAUCAAAAUACACUUAGACUGAAAUUGUAUAUAUAAAUAAAUACAAAUAAUACGAAAUAUACAUAUGUCCAUAUACAAAAUUGCAUAAAUAAUUAUAUAAAUAUACACGUAGACUUCAAAUAUAUAAAUAGGCAUAUAUAUUUAAAUUCUACGUGCGUAUUUAUGUAAUAUUUUUACAUAAUUAAGUAAUUUUAUUGAUUGCAAUUUGAGGGACCUGCCUGCCAACCCAGGCCGGAAGUCCAGAGAAUUUAAUUUGCUAGCACUAUAUUUACCCUGUAAUUUUCUAUGACACACUAAAACCUGUACAUGGGGGGUACUGUUUUACUCCGGAGACUUCGCUGAACACAAAUAUUAGUGAUUCAAAACAGUAAAACCUAUCACAGCGAUGAUAUUGUCAAUGAAAGUGACUUUUUUUUUUUUCAGUUUUCACACACAAACAGCACUUUUACUGAUGAUAUAAUUGAUAAGUUUUCCUGUUUUGAAACACUAAUAUUUGUGUUCAGCAAAGUCUCCUGAGUAUAACAGUACCCCCCAUGGACAGGUUUUAUAGCGUUUUUGAAAGUUACAGGGUCAAAUAUUUUUACAUUGAAAAAGGCCAGGUUGGUUACGUUGCCUUUGAGAGCAUAUGGUAGCCCAGGAAUGAGAAUUACCCCCAUGAUGGCAUACCAUUUGCAAAAGAAGACAACCCAAAGUAUUGCAAAUGGGGGUAUGUCCAGUCACAAACACUGGCCAAAAUUAGCGUUCAUUUUAGUUUUUUACUUUUUUCACACACAAACAAAUGUGAAUGCUAACUUUGGCCAGUGUUUUCGACUAAGUGGCUACUAAAAAAUACUGGACAUACCCCAUAUUGAAUACCCUGGGUUGUCUACUUUAAAAAAAAAAAUGUACAUGUGGGGUGUUAUUCAGAGAUUUAUGACAGAUAAUAGUGUUACAAUGUCACUAUUGAUAAAUUUUAAAAAUUUAUGUUUUGAAACCGCAAUAUCCUGCUUGUACCUAUAGCCCUAUAACUUGCAAAAAAGCACGUAGACACUGGGUAUUUUUAAACUCAGGACAAAAUUUUGAAUCUAUUUAGCAGUUUUUUUUCAUUCGCUUUUGUAGAUGAGUAAAAGAUUUUUCAAGUAAAAGUCAAAAAACAUGUUUUUUUUUUCCAAUUUUUAUCAUUUAAAAAAAAAAAAUGUUUUUACAAUUAAAUUACAUGAGAUUAUAUAAAUGGUAUGUAAAGAAAGCCCCUUUUGUCCUGGAAAAAAAAACAAUAUAUAAUUUGUAUGGGAACAGUAAAUGAGAGAGUGGAAAAUUACAGCUAAACACAAACACCACAAAAGUGUAAAAAGAGGCCUGGUCGCAAAUGUACAACAUCGUAAAAACAGUCCAGUCCUUAAGGGGUUAAAGGCUUUUUUUUAUGUGUGUGGCGUGGGAGUUCCAGCAGACAAGAGAAAUAUUGGAAAUGGGAGAGACCAAAACAAGAUUUCAGGAUUUAAGGAUUGGUUGGAGUAAGGAAAAUGGAAAAGAUAAUGUGAAUAAAAUAGAGGAGUGCAUUUGGGAACGAUCGAAAGAUGCUGGUUGGACAGGAGGAUAAAAUGCAAAUGCCUACAGUUACCUUAUGGCUAAUCCUGCUCUGUCUGGGAGUGACAUGCUGACUGUGCUUCAUAGAGAAGUGGUAUUAUGGCCUGAUGGGCAUGCUUGCUUAAAACAUAACUCCAUUUUUCCUCUGUAUGUAAGCCCAUCUUUGGUGCUGUCAUAAAAAAACAAAACAAAAAAAAAAACUUCCACUUGAAAGUGAAUUACACUUUCCACUUAAAGGGACACUCCAAGCACCAAACAACUUCAUCUAAAGGAGGCCCCUGGAGGCACUCUUACCUAAACCGUUCUUAAAUGGUUUAAUCCCAAAGCUACCUCCAGUGCCAGUCUCAACACCCCCCACCCCCUCCCACCUUAGACAGCAUCCGGCUUCUGAAUUUUCAGAUUCAGGAAAUGCGGCGUUCCCCUGAGGAGGGGUGCCUCUGAUAGGCUGAAAGCGCUCAACUGACUGCUCUCAUCCAAUCAGCUGAUCCCCUGCCAGGGUAGGUAGGAGGGGUGGAGUGGACAUAACUGCUGGAGGCAACCUUGGGGUUAAAACAGUUCAGGAUGGUUUAACAUCCUGCGGUAAGAGUGCCACCAGGUGACUCCUGAGACCAUAACAACUUAAUUUAGAUGAAGAUGUUUUGGUACUUGGAGUGUCCCUUUAAAGUUAUGAACAGGCAUCUCUCGUCCCCAGUUUUCCGUCAUAUGAGACUUUAUUUUCUUUUGAAUUUGAUAUAAUAGAGUUUUAUUUUUUAGUUUUUUUUUUCCCCUUUCCAUUCUUUUUUAUUAUUAAAUAAUGGCUAUGGUGUUGGGAGCUAGAUAUAAAAGUGUGGAGAUCCUCUGGACACUUGCUUUCUAUCUUUGCAUGCUUUAUGUUAAGUGUCACUCCUCACAUUAAAACCCACUGUAGUUAAUGAAAAGCUCCCUUACAGAGUCUGCUUCUAACUAAAUAACUGUAUGUGCAGAUAGGUGUUGGGUUUUUUAAAAAAACACUCUUUUAUCAUUUGAAUGACUUUAUCAAUUAUACCCUAGCAACUUGACGGUUUACUUACAAGUUCUAUUAUGUUAUGCAAAGAAAUACGGUAGUUUUUACUGCUUUCUAAAUAACUGUGCAUAAUGGCUUUUAAUCGCAUGAUUUGGCUUUAUAAGAUAGUGCUUUGUAUUGUUUGGACUGCCAGAAUAGAGAGAAUUAGAAUAUGCAUGUUGAUUUUUUUUUUCUUCUGCUUUUUUUCCCCAACUCCUUAAGCAGUACGCAGCUCCUUGCUUUGCAGAUUGUGGCCCGCAUGUCUUGCAGCCUGGGGGUUAAAGCAUUGCCUUUAUAAAUGUGCAUGUGUUAUUGUGUGAUCUGUAGGUAAAAAUCCAUUUUUCGUUGCUCCUCUCCCUAGGUUCCGAGUCUUCUAGUAGUGUAGGGUCGUCCACAGGUUCACUGUCCCAAAAUCAGCAUCCUCUUCCAGUAACGGCUAUAAGCCAGCCUUCUCAUUGUACUCCUGCUGUCUACCCAACUGUCAGUACUAGUAAUUCUAUUUCCUAUGAUGGUGGAGUGAGCGGGCAGGUGGCACCUACUAGCACUAGCUUCUUUUUACUACCCCUUGAAGCCACGGGCAUUCCACCUGGCAGUAUUCUGAUCAACCCACAAACAGGUUUGUACCCAAGGGGCGGGUGAGGGAGUGAAAGCAAAAUAUACUGUAACCUUGAUCUUGUGUAUAUUCUGUAUUUGUUGUGUGUUGUUUUUUAUCUGUUAAAUGUUUUUCAUCAGCUGCUGUGCAGUUUUAACCUAUUCAUUGCCAGAUGGGUGCCAUUUCCUGCAGCAAUGGAGUGGUUAAUUUCUUAUAUAUUCUUUAUUGAUGGGGAAAACAAUAUUUUUAUUUUCCUAUUGAAAUAUAUUUCAGUGUAAUGUUUUGCCGCAAUAUUUACUGUGUUCUUAUUUAAAAGUUCUAAUUAGUUUUGAAUUUAAUGUAUAUUGUACUUUUAUUUUUUUUAAUUUUUUUUUUGUGGCUUGUAUCGUUUGCUGAACUGUACAGAUUACUCUGGUCCAAUUAGUGUUGCCAGAUCAUGAUUAGAUUCAGUGAUGUCUGAUAAAGCCAUGACAUAUACAUUCGUUAUAGGGAUUCCUGAAUAAACUAAUCUGGCUACCUGUUCAAAAGAUGCGAAGUUAUAUUUUUAAUGAAAAUGUUAACAAGAUGAGUGCCCAGCAGCUUUUCUAGUUUAAAACCUGAAAUACAGUUUGAUAAUGAUAGCCUGUUUAUUAGAGUUCUGCUUAAUAAACCCCUGACUUGCUAAGAGUUUUCUCUUAUACGACCAGUUGGUAAUCUUUACUCUUUUUCAGUUACGUUUUUUUUUGUUUUUUAUGUUUUGAAUUGAAAGGUGGAUCUCUUCACCACUGCUUUGAAAGAUAAAUUGUAACAGACAUUUUCUGAACGUUUAGGGCUUAGGUUGUGCAUGUGUCUUACCUUUAGUAAAAAUAGUACACAUAUUUUAGUAAAAAUGCAAUUUGGUAUAAUUCUCUUUAACACAUUGGGCUUAGUCGGGUUUCACUGUGACCUGUUGCCAACCCUCUGUUAUUCCACAGAUCAUCUGUAGGCAUUCCAAGGACAUUUAUCUUUUUUAAGCCAUUCUUUGUCUGAUUUGGUUGCAUCCUUCAUUUUUUUAACAUUUCAUUUAUUUUUGUUCUGAAAGGUGUAAUUUAUAUCCAUUUAGUAUUGAACCAGGUAGGCUUCAUCAUAGACUUGGCUAGUUUCUGGUAUGUCCUUGAGAGCAAAUGUUGUUGUCCUUAAUUAACUCCUUAUUUCUCAUUUCGUCAUCCUCGCAAGGAGGCUUUGUCAAAACAUGUCUGUUUUAGUUUUUACCUAAAUAUUGAAUACAAGUCUGAUUUCUCUUAAUUUCACCCAUAUCAGUUACAUAGAUUCAAUAGUAACUAUAACUAUAUAUUUUGUUCAUGGUAUGCCUUUCUCAAUAUCCUAUUAUGCGCCAGGUCAGCCUUUUAUAAACCCAGACGGCACCCCAGUUGUGUAUAAUCCUCCAGUAACUCAGCAACCGGCUAGGAACCAAGUGCCUGCAGCUCCUCCCCCAGCGCCUCCACAGCAAACUGCCAACCAUAUCAUCCCCCAGGUAGGUUCUUUCAAACUACUAACCCACCUUGCAUGAUACUACAAGCUGAAUUUUUGGAGAUUCUAAAAAUCUAUAGUAAUGGAUUGAGGGGAUAAACAUGGGUUAGUGCUACUCUCUGUUUAGUGGCAGUCUUAUUCAAUAAAUUAUGCUUUAUUUCAUAAUGGCUUAGAUUAGGAACACUCCUUGAUAACAGAGUAAUAUGAUCAUCAUCGGUAUUAAUCCAGUGUAUUUUAUCUCUAUAUAUUAAGUGAUAAAGAAAUAUUUUUGUGCUAGAAAAAAACAAGCAUAUUUAGAUAUAUUAAAAAGAGGGGGGAAAAACAGUACAUCACACCAUCCCUAUUUUACACCUAUACAAUGUGGUGGUGUUGAUGGUGGGGUAUUUAUUUAUUUUCACCCUUGCCAUGCUCUUCAUAUUGUGUUUAAAGGGACAACCCAAACACUGUAACCACUACAUCAUACUUCAGUGGUUAUGGUGCCAGGAGGGCCCUGCCCCCUCCCCCCACCCCUCUUAGUGUAAAUAGUCCAACAGUUUUAGAUCAGUAUGACUUCUCACUUUGGGUCCACUGGGAGCUGUUCCUCGCCUUAACUACAGCCAGAAGCUCUGCGUAUGUGGGCUACGUUCGGUUGUGCAGUACUUCUCAUUGGCUGACACUUUCAGACAGUGCCGAAGUUAUUAGGCAGGGUCUUUCAGCAAUCCUGAUUGCUGAGAGUAGGCAGGGAGCGGCAUCCUGGCAAAUCCAAUUUCUUAACAGUGGGUAGCAACUGAAUUGCAAAUUAUGACAACCUUCCAUGCAGCGUACUAAAUUUGCAAAUAUGGCAUUUAAUGGUUAGAAACCAUUUUUUCGAACGCCACUAUAGUGCUGUGAUUGUACUGCAGUGCUUCUUAAACGUUUGACAGGGACCCAAAUUAUGUACAAUGGUAUUGGCUUGGAAACCCAUCCUUCAAUUCUAAAAUUAGCCGUGACCCAUUCGUCAACUGAAAUAUAAUGGAUAACUGAUUUAAUUCUGUAAAACACAUUAGACUCUUCAGUGUUAGGUUAUUUUGUGCAGUUAAAUAUAUUCAUUACAAACGUGAUGUGCUUGUUCCAUCACUAAAAAACCCCCACCCAGGGGUUAAAAACCACUGCUGUAUUAUAUGAAGGCACUUCCUGUCGAAUCUUUUCAUGUAGUUCCUUGACUGCCAAGUAAGUGCUUGUAGCUUCUGUUACUUACUCCUCUGUCAUUUAGAGAUUUAUAACAUUGUGUGUUUGCUUUGUUGUCUGUUGAAUUCUACUUGUGGCUUCUGCCGUAGAGUCAUCAGUAAAUAGAAUAGGAUUGCUGUCAGGCGUGUGCUACAAUUUGUAUCAAGUUAUUACCUCAGGCAGGAUGAAAGGGAGUCUGAGAAUCCAGUGUAAUGUGAGGAGAUACUGUAUUCACAGAACCAGCUGUUUCAGCGGAGUCUGACAUUAAAUGACGGAACGCAUGCGGGUAUGCAAAUGCAGCGUUACUCAGAUGGCUUCUGCAUUGCCAAGAUAAUGGAGACAUGUAUAGUGCAGUGUAAUUAUUGCAAGGAAAUUCUCUUCUUUUGAAGACGCUUGCCUUGUAAAGAUUUUAGCAAAACCACAGCCGUCUCUUUUAUUGGUUUUAUUCUGCUUUGCUUUUACUCCGAAAACCAAUCAGACAGGGAGGGAGUUUGUAUUGCCACAGUUUAUCACUUUAUAUUCACGGUCACAGCCAAGAUUUCUUUCAUUUUUUGUUACGUACUGUAAAGGUGUAAUAUGUUUGUUCACUAAAUCGCCAUUGAUACGGGUGUUGCGAAUUUUAUACCAAUAUUGCCACAUUGACAAAAAAUUUCCAAUUUUUGUUUAGUCUCCUAUAUGUGCAAUGGACUUCAUUCCUUGCUAUUAUUGGUUUAGUGAAUAAUCCACAAGGUCCCGAAUGGUUCUCUGCUUGGUUAAUAAAUACCAGCUUUUACUUUAAAAUACACUUGAACUUUUUUCCCCUCUUAUGAAAUAUGACAUUUAUGUAGAUCUAAGGAAUAUAUUAAUAUAAAUUAGUAUGUACUUAAAGUUAGAUGGCGUAAUAAAAAUGUCCCUUGAACGGAAUCCUCCGUGAUAGUCUUGGAUGUCAGUCUGAAAGGGAACCUCGCCAGCUGCUGUAUUUUCAAACUGAUAAAUGCAUUAUAGCAGAUAUGUCUGAUUUCAUUUAAUAGAAGUCAUAAUCCUAAAACAAUCAGAGGACUGCUCACUUCUUGCGCAACACUGUGUGCCUUUUGUGGUAUUUUUGGUGUGUGUUUAUUUGUAUACAAACAAAUGACUGGAAAUGUAAGAGGUUUUCAAAGCUUGAAAUGGUGUGAGACUAUUUCAGGAAAUAUGUGAAGUGUUGGUUUUCCUUUCUGCUUAGCCUAGGCUCUGUAUACAGUCCGUGGUUUACUUUAGAUAAGAAAUGUCCUUGGAAAAAAAGAUUUAAAAAAAAAAAACUUACACAAUGGAGGUUUAAGAUAGACAUUAAUAUGACUUUUCAAACCGCAUAUAAUGUUUUGUUCUGGUAUGUUGCAAGUUGUACCUUUUAACUGCAGAGCUUUGAGAAAAAAAACAAAUAUUAAAAAGCUUUCAAAAUAUGGAUUGACUUGCUGCCCUUACCGUGCCUUCACAGUAUAUUGAGGCCUUUUAUUUUAGGAACUAUGUCUAGCUUAAAGACCGUUUUUAGACUUUGCGUUUGAUAGGUUUUCCAUAUUUGCAGUAACAGAUACCGGCUAAACAAAAUGUGGGGCUCAAGAUAGAAAUGUAUUACUGGCCAGAUGGAUGUUGAACCCCAAGUUUAAAGCAGUCUGCUGCAGCACCAUGGGUUGUUAAUGAAAAUGGGAAAGAAUUACUUGUAAUGAAACCUUAAGCAGCUUCUAAUUUGCCCGUGCAAUAUAGGUAAAAUUAACCUAAUCGCUUUCAUGUGUUUCUUUGUUCCUUUCCUUCUCUGUUAUUAACCAGAUUUGUCCAACUGUUACUCAUUUUAGCCUAUCCGAUCUCUGCCGCCAUCUUCGCAACCUGUCCAGUACUCUGCCGUCUCCUAUCCACCCCCACUCCUGCCAGUUUCACCCACCCAGCAGUACACUGUGGUACUGUAUUUCCUUUUAUUUCAGUUAGUUGCUGUUUGGUGUUUGUUUGUUGGUUUUAUUUUGCAUGUUUUGUUUGUGUUUUUCUUUUGUGAAGUGACGUCUUGAGUCCCAAGUGUUUAUGGUCAUCCUGAUUCUUUUGAUUCUUUUUAAAGAAAGUGUAUAAUUUCUUCCUAUGAAAAAUCUCAUUUAUUUAAAUUUAUUAUGCUACAUGCUUUUCUGUAGAACGUAAUGUUGAGGUGAUCCAUGUUUUGGGGCUUCAGUACAUCAGGUGGCUCUGUUACACCUUAUCAGUAUUUCAUUAUUUCUUUUUGCUAGACCGUAAAAGUGGAAGCCUACUUAGAUUUGACAAGGUUUCAAUUGAGUGCAUUCAUCGUGUAACUUUAAAGCCACUGUAUAAUUAUUUUAUUAUUAUUGCUAGUUAUUAACCCCUUAAGGACACACGACAUGUAUGACGUGUCAUGAUUCCCUUUUAUUCCAGAAGUUUGGUCCUUAAGGGGUUAAAUAGCCCUCAACUAACGAAUGGAAGUAAAGGCAAGAUUUCAUUAGAGAAAGCCACAUAACCCAAACCCCUCAAUGAUAUCUUUAAUCCGCUUUAAAACCAAAGGUGCACCUCUGUGUCCUCUUUAAAUAAUCAUGUUCAUUCAAAUAAAUUAAAAUUAAAAAGCUUUUUGCAAACUUCAGCAUUUAAGAAGUAGGUUAUAAAAGGUGCUCGUUUUUCUUCAAGCUAAUCAUCAUUUUUGAUUGCAACGAAACAGCAAAUCAUUAUAAAAUUAUUCAAUUUCCUUGAAGCACCUUCUUUGUAAUAUCUGUUGGCUCGUUAAUUAUACUGUCUGAAAAUAUCUCUUGUAAUAUUAGCUAAAUAAUUGGAAAGCAACGAGGGUUAGAUAAGUGCAUAUACCAAACUCAUUUGCUUUUUAUAUAAUCAAUUCAUUAUCUUGUAACCGUUCAGACACGGCAGCUGCAAAUUCUUUAUUUUCCCUCCUUAUUAUUGUAGUAAUUAUCUUAAAGGACUAUAAUGAUCCUUGGGGGGGACUUUGUGCAAUGAACAUUUCUUGGUUUGUCAUUUUUAUAGAUUGGCCAGCUUUUGCUAACACCGUCCAAAGUCAUUUUGUCAGCAUUAUAUAUUUAUUUUCCUAAUUAUUUCAGCACUUCAGAGAAUUACCUGUUCAGAGCUUGGUUAUGAACACUGCUUCCUAAGCUUUUUUUUUUAUUAUUUAUUUAUUUUUUUAUUUUUUUAUUCCAUGCCCAAUAGGGUAUUUAAUAAAAAUGUUGUUGAGGCAAGUUUACUUGAUGAUCACCAUGGUGAUUAUAAUAUGAAGAGGAACGCAAAGACUGCGCCUUUGUGGAGUUGUAACAUCAAAAUUUGAAAGAAAUACUCGGAACAUUUUUCAGAACCCAUUUCAAAUAUCAAGCACUUCUAUCUCCCGGGGAGCAUGUGGCUUUAGCGAAAUUGAUGCAUUUGCUUUUAGAGAAAAGUAAACUGUCAGUGAAGUUCUUAAAAUAAAGGAAAAUUUUCAGUCACUUACAGUGUGCAAAUAGCAAGCAUCUUUAUUGGAACGAAAAGUGACAGAACAACGUUUCAACCUUAUGCAAGGUCUUUGUCAGGUUUUGUCAAACAUACCUUUUCCAAGCCAGUUUAGUGAAUGGGGAGUCACUGAUUGGCUAAGAGCGUCAGCUGACAGCUUUCAGCCAAUAAGCUACGCCUCUGCCUGACAGCACUCUGCCCUUCCUGAAUCGGAAAAUUCAGAAGCCGGAUGCUGCCUGGGGGGAGUGGACAUUGCCGCUGGAGGCAACUGUGGGGUUAAAGCAUUUGAGAAUGGUUUAACCCCUUGAGGUAAGAGUGCUCUGGGGGGCUCCUGGCACCAGAACAACUUCAUUUAGAUGAAGUUGUGUUGGUGCCUGGAGUGUUCCUUUAAGUCUGAAAGCAGUUGUUAUUUCUAAAGAUUUAUUUAUUUUUUAAAUUAUAGUCAUACUCCUAGAGACAUCGGGAAAAGGUUAGUUAAAACGUAAAAAUUAUAUAUAAUGUCACCUUGAAAAAAGUAACACAUUUGAAAAAAAUAGAGAUCCUAGAUUGCAAUGUACAGGAAUAGAAUAAUCCAAUUUUCUAUCCUUGAAGUGCACAUUAACGCUUUACCCUACUGUACCCUUUCUAGUCUUCUGCUUAAAGGACAACGGUUUCCGCAAAACUAUUCUUUAAUAUAAUUAUCCUUUCAUCAAGUUUGUAAAGAAAAUAUAAACUGCUUGAUGAAGGGAUUAUUUUAUUACAAAUAGUUGUGUGAAACACCACCCAUAACUCUUUGCGCAGGUAAUACAAACACUUUGGCUACAAUAUUUCUGCCUUCCAAAAUAAAACAAAGCCAUGUUGUCUGUUACCACUUACUGUCGGUUUCAUAGUUUCGUACUACAGAUAAUUUUUUGGAUUUAUAUAACCCUAUACCUACAUGAUAUACCCCUGUCCCAUUAUAUACUCCUGCCACUUUUGCUGGAAGGCUGUUAAGUGCCUACCGUGUAAUAAAUUAUCUAGACCUAGGUAGCUUUGCUUCUGUUUUUUUGCAUUAAUGUUUUUUUGUUUCUUGUGUAGCAAGAUAACCUGGGAUCUCAGUUUAGCCAUAUGAGCCUUGCCAGGCAAUCGUCUGCAGAUGCUUCAGAUGCACAUUCAACUAUGUUCCAAUCUACCGUGGUGCUUCAACCAUCUCCACAGUCUGGCUACAUUGUGGCUGCGCCACCGCCACCUCCACCACCACCACUUGGACAGUCUGUGCCGCCUCCUAGCUUCUCUGCUUCAAGCCAGCCUGUCAAUCAGCCGGUGCUGCAGCCACAGGGCUACAUGCAGCAGGCUCUCCAACAGGUACACUUCUGUUCCUGUAACUGUGUGCAUGUAUCAAACUGUCUAUCUGUGAAUUGUGCCAACAGAGACACAAGUGUGGAACAAGACCUGAAAAAUACAUUGUUUCUGUCUGCUUUCAUGUCUGGAUAUGAAACCAAAUUCAAAUUAGUUACUGUACACAAGAAGGCAUUUGGGUAUGUUAUGGGGGGGGGCAGAACCAAAACUCUCUUCUUAACCUGCUAUUUUGCCUGCCAUUCUGAUGGCUUUCAUCUAGCUGUUUGUACUAGAUUUCCCUAGAAGCUUAGCCGAUGGCUUACUUCUGGGAAACACAAUUAAUAGAACUUGUUGUGGCAUAGGAUAUAUUUAUUAAAAAGUCAAACAAGCUGUUUCCCUAGUCCAGCUACAGAUUCUGGUUUAUGGAAUUUCAAUUUACCAGAAUGAUGGGAUUAUACAAUUUAUGAAUUGGUUAAAUUAGAUUUACUUUUUCUGGGAAUGCUAGAAGGAACAUGGUCCUUCUUUAUCUGCGUUUGCCAUUGUAGAACGUAUUUUCUGGAUUAUUUUUCAGUUCUGUUCUGGUUUUUCUGCCUUUUUGUGCUCUAUGAUGUAGUACAGCAGAGAGGAGGAUUUCAUGUAUAGUGCUGUUUUUUUUUGCCUGGGGAGGUCUGCUUGGGUACCUUGCCCAAUGAGCAAACACUGCAGAUAAGAAGUAGUUGAGCUACAAACUCUCACUAUUUUCUAAUGUGAAACUUAUAUUAACUAUUUAUUCUUCAGGAUAGUCUUAUACACUUCUCCAGCAUCCAUCAAUUUCUUUACUAUGUAAGUCUUUUUUUUUUUUUUUUUUUUUAAUGCUUCUAAGACUGAUCUAGGUAUCCACCACACUUUCUGUAAAGCACAAUUUUUGCACGUUUUCUGUCUCCCAACUCUAUAUCCCGCCUUCCUGCUCCAGCACAGAUCUUUACAUCUGGGGUGACUUCAUGACCAAAGCUGAUUUAAAAUACCAGGUUAUUCUCUUAUCUGCCUACUUUCAUGUCAACACUGGCGAAAACAAGGUUAUAGACUUAAAGUGUAGUGAUAAGCAAAAGGUGAUUGAAUUUUCCUGCUAGCACUCCUAUUUUAUCAUCAAGGACGGUACUGGCUCUAAUUAUCACCAAUUAUUUUUCUGUGUUUUUUGGGUAAUCUGGCACUGUUUUUACAUUUUAAAACGGUGGUAGUAGGAAAUCCUUUGAUCUCCUUUGUAGAUUGUGAAUUGAGUGACUUAACAGACAAUACUAUUUUAUUUAUAAAUAUUUAAUCUUUCCUACAGAUGCCAGCUUGCUAUUGUGCGCCAAACCAGUACGCUCCUCCUAAUCAACAAUACAGACCAGGAACCUCCGUCCAAUAUACUACGCAACCAAAUCAAACCCUGUCACAGGCGUUACACACAACAGGUUUGUGUUUCGUAACCGUAGUGAGAAAUUCACAUUUCUCUGUUCCUUGGGGUCAUUUAAUAAAAUCGAACUCCUUUUGCAAUCAAUAAGCAGUGGGCACCAUUGUUUUCUAUUUUAACUUACUUCUGCGUAGAAACGUUGUUUCUUGGUUUACAGAUUAAACGAAGAAUGAAGUGGUAAUAAAAUGCCACUAUGUUUACAAAACUUUUAAAAAAUACAUAUUUUGUAAGUCUACAUCCUCUCACUGCAAGUCUUAGGGGAACAACGCCCCCUAUUUACAAGUCUAAUAAGUCUCCGUGCUAUUGUUCUGCGGAGAUUGGAGUGUAAAAGUAGAGUAUUUGACGUGUAAUAUGGAGUAAUACAUGAUUAGAUACAUUCCAAGUACCAUCUUCUCUGUAACACGCAACAGUGGCAUAACUUAAAUAUAAUUAAGUUGGUAUUGGUUCAUUUAAAUAUAUGUUUGUAUUGCUUUAAAGUUUAAAUAGCAUUUUUGGAACCGAAAAGGUCUUUGGAACCGUUUGUUAUGAGAUACUGUUAGAGAUCGGAAGAUUGUUUACUCAAAAACAAAACACUGAAAGUGUAACAUUCAGCAUGGGGAAGUAGCAGUAUUCCUACUCCUUGCUUUUCUUAGAACUUUUUUUGUUUGGAUCGAUGACUUAUCGCCUAAAGCUGUCCUCUCUGGACCACUUAAUUCACUGGUGUGUCCCUCUAUUAUUACAGUUGAAUCUUCCUCCAAUCAUUUUUUUAGCGGGAGGAAAUCACUUACUUUCCUGUGCGCCCCUAGUCCUGGUGCAGUGUUCUGACAGGUUUAAUCUGAGCAGCCGGACCCGGGCCCGGAGCACUGUAUGAGAGGGGUUAAGUUUCUCACAGUGAACCGGUCUCUUUUCCAGCUACUUCCUCUUCUACUUGGAUUCUUUUUCUGACAUGUUAUAUCUUAUCUUGUCACAUUAUUCAUCUGUAAGUUAUUUAUUUAUUGUAGGUAGGUCUGCACAGUUUUUAUUUGAUAGUUUGACAUUAUCUUCGAAAGCCAAUGCAUAGAUUGUAUUAAAAGCCAAUCCAAUGGCAUUAAUGUUUUUUAUGUGUAUUCAAUCUCAAUUAUCAUUUAUUUUGUGUUUUUCUGUUUGAUUCAGAUGGCUUUUUGUGCAAAUGUUCCAAGGCAAGGCUAUCUGAAGUCAAAAGUUAAUAUGCAUAACAAAUCGUCCACCAGAUUAUAUAAAGGGUUACUCCAACCUCCAUGACCACUUCUGCUUUUAGAAAUGGUUAUGGCUGAAUGAAUCUGAAUGUGCAGCGUUGUAAGGCAGUGCUGGGAGCGCAUCUUCAAGGAGAAGCCAGUGAUUUCCCCCUACCUCUCGCCAUGUGCUCCCUCCCUGUCUCAUUGCAUUUCCAGUUUGUUUAUUUUUUAAUUCCCUCCGACCCUUUACUCUCAAGGUCAGAGUGAGCGCAUGCACUUUGAACCUUGAGAUUGGUCCAAUCAAAUGCAUCCCUAUGAGAAGCAUUUAAUUGGACCAGGAACAGGGAAGGAGUGAUACGGCAUGAGAAUGGACCAGGUUUAGUAUUGGCAGAAAAUGGUGUUUUGCAUAAGAAAUGGAAGUCUGUUUAUGAUAAAACAGGGCUGGAGUAACCCUUUAAUAUUAAAACAACCCAUAUAUGUUUAUCUACAAAACAUUGUGUUUAAUAUAAUAAAGGAGUGCUUAUUUUUUAAAUUGGUUAUUACUAAUCUUAUCUAUAAAAAUUUUACUUUAAAAAAUAAAUAAAUCUAUAUUUAUAUUGUGCAAAAGGAUUACAAACUAGCUUGUAUUGCCACAACAGCCAUGAACAAGCCUUAUACCAUCAUACAUUUUAAACAAUAACAUGGCAAGUGAAGGAAAAUACACAUUUUUAAAAAAAAAUAUGACAUGAAAGCACGGUCGAGCAUAAACCUGUGCGGCGACGUUGGUUAUCAGAGAUGGUAUAACACGUUAUAAGAAAUUUUUACUUUUUUGAUUAAGCUUUUUGAUCAACUCAAUAUCGUUGAUUUACUUUAUACGUUUUUAUUGGUCAUUUUCAAAUGGUAAUGAUAUGACUGUUGGUGGAAUAAAUUAAUAUACCAAUUAAUGAAUGUGCACUGCAGACAUGCCAAAAAAUAAUAAUUAUUAUAAUUAUUUUCAUUUUUACCUCUGAAACUUCAAAGCAGUUUUCAUGAAUUGUAGUAAAUUGUUUACAAAUUAAUAGGAUACUAUGCAUAAUGCAUAAGGACACUAUACAUUACUUGCAUAAUGUUGGCCCUGUUGCACUGGUGCCCCGCUUUAGACCACUAUUUAUUCAUGGACAAUGUUACAGAUAAUUCUGAAAAUUGAAAAUAUGAAUCCAAUUAAAGUUGGAAAUCCAAGGCUGGACAACUAUACGUUUUGAUAUCACCUGUUUAAUGAUCAAAUCAGUCUUUUGGGGAAUAAAGGGGUUACCCACUCAUUUUUCUGUUUUGAAUCCAUUUUGUCUGUCUAAUACAGCAUAUUUUGUUGUUGUUGUGAGUUUGUUAGGUUCUUUCACCCUUUGCUUGGCUGUCCUUUUCUUUGCCCAUUUUGGAAGGUCAGUGAGGACUUUGGGUGGGCAGAGGAUGUGCGUGAAUGUUCAGUUGUCUGAGUACUUCAUGACAAAACUUGAAUGUACGCUUCCUUCCCCACUUCGGUACCAUAAAUAUGCUAUUCUUGUUACUCCACAGGUUACCCCACUGUAAUGCCCAACCAGCAAGCAAGUUACCAGGGCAUUGUGAAUGUUCAACAACCUCCUCUGAACCAAUCCAUAGGGCAGCCCGGUAACAUUCCCAGUCCCAUCCAGGGAGUCAUGGUGCAGUACUCCUCUAUGCCCUCCUACCAGGUAAGGUAUUUGCUCAUUCAUUUAUUUUUCGUGUUUUGUAUUAUCAUCAUUUUAUUGUUACGCAACAGGUUCUGUUUCUUAAAACUCUGAUCUUGCAUCCACAUGUAGCAGCUCAAAUUUAAUUGCAUUCAUUGUCUUGCUUUGUGCAAGGUAGGCUUGCAUUGGAUCUACAGAAAUGGUUCUGUUCGUGUUGGUCCUACCUGAGCAUUGACGUUAAAAUGUUUGGGUAUAGUUCCCUUGUUGAGGAGAAUCCUGUUGACCUUAUUCUUGGAUUUUAUUCUAUCAGGUUCCUGUCCGGCAAACAUCCCAGACUGUACCCCAACAGCCAUAUCAUCAACAGGUGCUGAUACCUAGCCAGACCAGUCAGGGCCCUGUACCUGCGGCUGGGAUGCCAGUGUACUACAGUGUCAUUUCCCCAGGACAGCAAAACAACUUAAGGUACUUUUCCAGUGAUAAAGAUAAAUGAGCAUGGUUGGCUUUAUUUGGUUAAUUUUUGUGGGUGGAAUCAUUAAAAAGGAGCUCAGAUGUUAACUCUUUCAAACUUUUAAUUGCCUUUACUAAAUAUAUUAAACACACAGUUCUCUUCUUGAAUAUGCUGUCAUUUCUAUGUGCAGUUCUUCAGUAGGUUACAUGCAGCCACCAGGGUCCGACCAAAUGCAAUUUCCUAGAACCACCUCACCAUGUAACUCGCAAGCACUGCCAGGCCCUCCAUGCCCAGGUAAGUCACAUUCACUGCCAGACCCUCUGUUCUCAGGGAAUUCACAACUGCUUUAAUAAGAUAAGUGACUGACUAGAUGGCGCUAUACCCGCAUCAAAAUACAGACAACCUAUUACAGUGCCAUGGCUUAAUAACCAUAAUACAUAUAUACAGAAAGGUAAAAGUCAAUUAAAAAGUGCUAUUCACCACCAGCGCAAAUGUGAACACUCUAAAAAAAACUUACACUUGAAUGGAGGUAAUCAAGGGAGAUUUAGUAAUAUGGGUAAUGGAGGUAAUCAAGGGAGAUUUAGUAAUAUGGGUAAUUAUCAAGUCUUAUGUGUAAUAAUACAUUCAAAAUAGAAAUAAGAAAUAAAACCCUUACACUGCCAUUUCUUGUAAAUAUCCCAACAUGGCGUUAAUGUUGGCUGAAAGCUGAUGAGAGCACUAGCGUGGCUGUUUACUAAAGAGGAAAUUGUUAUGAUUUGAUAGUGAUUUAAAAAAAUAUUAAAGUCAAAAUAACCAAAGUUAACAGAAUAACAUCUGAAAUUCAUCUUGAAUUCACUUUGUAAUUCGAAAAAGCCAAAGUGAUGGUUAGACAAAAACCAGUUGUGUAACUAGAGUGUAUUUGAGCACUCCAGGAUAUGCUUGAAACGAGAGAGACAAAAAAACAUAACAAACAAAUCUCCAUGUUGUCAUUCUGAUAAUGCAUUAUCUAAAUAAAAUAAUGUUCCAAAACAAAACACUUUUGCUUAAUCGGGCAGUGUAUAUUGAUUCAUCUGCGUGCUUGCCUUGCCACCUUCAGAGACCCAUUGCUUAGCUUGCUAAUCUGCUAGAAUAUAAUGGAUCUUUAAAAGCAGCUAUUGCAAAUUUUAAUAUUGCAACAGAUUAGUUUAUCUGGGUAACAUGAGAUACAGAGACUGGAGAUAUUAUAUACUUACAUAUAUAUAUACUUAAAAAAUUUUUUUUCCCUUAAACCUUUCUAGCUAUUCCUGCACCUCCACCUAGUGGCGGGAUGGUAAUGAUGCAGCUCAACCUACCCAGCAAUCCUCCACCACAAACACAUUCACCACCUCAUUGGAAACCAAAUAAAUAUUAUUGUGACCAUCAGAGGACUCCAAAACCAGGAGAAUACAGUUUGGACCAUUCUACACAGGUAGAUGUUAACACUGGACUAAAACUUCCAUAAAGUGAGAAUUGUCAAUAAUUCAAAGUGAAUUUCAAAGUUAAGACCAAAGUAGCCGAACUGGAAGCAGAGGAGACUUGGAGAAUGUUUCCAUUUUGGCUCUUUUGAUCUUAAAUUUCAAAUUCACAGUUCUCCGUUCAGUGAAUAACCCUUUGGUUGAUUUGUUUUGUGUUGUUGUUUUUUUUGGGGGGGCCGUUAAAUCAUGUUUCCCAUUAUGCACUGUAUUAAUUGACAUUCCGUUUUGUACAUUCGUGUGUAUUUGUAUGUAUACGUGCGAUGGUGAGGUUCCUAGUGCUUGUUAGAUCCUGGUAUGGCAGCCGGUACUUCCCAAACCAGAGUCUCUUCUAUCUGGCAAUAACUAAGUAUAGGUCAGGAAAGAGAACAGGGAAGCAGCACCUUCUGGGUGUCCUCAAACUCGUAUGGUGGUGAAUCAGUAUGGAAGAUAUGAGGACAGAAAACAGAAUAUAGUGUAGUAUAUUCUAUAGGUGGCGAGGUACCCUUUCCUGACCUAUACCUUGAAUGUAUAUAUUUUACAAAUAAAACUAAUAUUUGGAAAACUAUUUAUACAUUACAUAUUUUGAAUGUCACAUUGCUAAAUUGUAAUUAUAUUUCUUUAGGAUCAUUACACGUUCGGACACUCUUGUAUGCUUAUUAAUGAUUUUUGUUGCUGUUUUUGUUUUUAUUCCAGCAUAGUUCACAUUUAAACAGUCCUGGGACUUCUCCUAAUCAAUCUCCUCUACCUGUUCAGUUGGCCAACAUGAAAAACAUGCGCCCGGGUUUAACUCCGCUCUCUCUAGUUCCGCAGUUUUCUAGACCAUUUCCUCCUGGCCAAGGUAAGGCAUUUCAGUUCUAAUAAUGCACCUUAUUAACUGUUUGAUUUUUAGUAAAUUUUAACCACAAUCCAACUUCUGUAGAAUAUCUCCAUCAACCCCUGAUCUCUCUAUGACAGAGACAAAACCAAAUACCUGUAAACGGGAUUUAAGAUGGUUAAGAAUAAAUUAUUCUGCGUUUAUAGUUUUCUCUCCUGCAAAUCAAUAUUGGGUAUUUUAAUAUAGUGAUUGGAAUUUCUAUUCAGAUCUGAAAGCAUUGCAAGUGGCUUUCCCAUGCAGAGCAUUUGGAUAUCUUCCUGAACCCUAAAUACCAUGAUUAUGGCUUAUGGCACAAAGCAAUUUAGAAUACAAGUUGCUAUCUCAAACACCCAAUGGGCAUAGGGUAAAAUCUCUAUCUUCCUCCUCCCCCCCCUUUCAGAGCAUAAACUCAAUUAUGCUGCUCACAGCACCAAAAAAUAAAGGCACAUUUAAUGCAAUAGAUCAGGCAUAGGCAACCUUCGGCACUCCAGAUGUUUUGGUCUAAACCUCCCAUGAUGCUUUGCCAGCGUUAUAGGUGUAAGAGCAUCAUGGGGGAUGUAGUCCACAACAUCUGGCGUGCCAAAGGUUGCCUACCCCUGCAAUAGAUCAUAGAGUGAUUCCUAUAGUUAGGCUCUCCGAGAAUCAUUAUUUGAGAAACAGAGCAGUGACAAUCUAACAUUUAAAUUUACUAAAUCUCAAGGAUAUCUCCCUUCAUGUAUUAUUCACAGAUUGAUAAUCAGUGGGUAAAUGACCGUAUUUGUAAUGGUAUUGAAAGAUCAUCUCCAGUCUGUCACACUUCAUUCUUUGUUUAUUUGCUCCCUUGAAAAGUUUCCUGUCUAAGUAACAUCUUCUCAUUCUUAUCUUUCUCUAUUUUAAUACUUUCUAUAAAUAGCAUUUGAAUGUGAGUAUAUUUUCAUCUUAUUUAUGUUUUUGUUGUGUUUUUUUUUUUUUUUUUUUUUUUCCUCUGCUAGGUGAUACAAGAUAUCCGUUACUUGGUCAACCAUUACAAUACAAUCCUCCUCAUGUAAUACAUGGACACAUAACAAGCCAACAGGUUUAUAAAUGCAUGUUCUCAAAUCUGCAUUUCACUGAUUUGAUCUGCUGUGCGACAUAUGUCUGAUUUCAGAUUUAUUGAUAUAAAGUGCCAGUAAACUUCAAAGAUAACUUUUUUUGCUUCUUUUAUAGAAACAACUUGUUUAACCAUUUUGAGACUUUUUUCUGUACCUUUUAAAAUAGUACAUUCAUUGCUAGCAUGCAGAACAUAAAAUAGGUUAGAAAGAUUUAAUGUGUAUUUUGUGUGCGGGGAUUGGUUGUGGGGUUGUUUUUUACUUUUUUGCAAAAUUUUGCUCCCUCUGUGUCCAGCUGCGCAAGAAUGCGUGGUCUCCCAUUGAUUUACGUGUGGAAAGCAAGAACUACAUGCAUGAACACAACACAUGCUGUGUUUUCCUAUCAUUUUUAAUGGGAGACAAAGAAUUGGCUGUGAUUUCCUAGUCCUACCAUGUGACAUACACUUUUUUAACCAUAAGAUGGGUAAACUUCAAAAUUUCAAUAAGAUAAUAAGAGCCUUAUUAUUUUACCAAUGCAUAUUUUAAAACCGUUUGGAUGUAAGGCAAUUUCUUUAAUUAUAAUAAUAAUUAGGGCCAUAACUGUCUGUCAUUCCGUAAGGGAGGCAUUAUAUCUUUCAGUACAAAAAAUGAGAUAUUAAAGGGACACUAUAGACAUCAAAAAAUAUUUAGGUUAAUGAAGCCGUUUUUGUGUGUAGAUCAAGGCCCUACAGUCUCACUGCUCAGUUCUCUGCCAUUUAGGAGUUAAAUCACUUUGUUUAUGCAGCUCUAGCCAUAACUUCCCGGCUAUGACUGGCACAGCUGAAAAAAAAAAAAAAAAGGUUUAAUUUUCAGUUACAAAAUUUAACUUAAAUCACACACACUAAGCUCAUAUAAGCUCUAGAAGGCUAUUAACAGAGCAAGGGAUAAGAAAUUCUAAAUUAAACAGAAUGUGCAAUAAAGGAAGUUUAAACAUUAGACAUCUCUAUACAGAAAGUGUUUAGGAAGACUGUUUGUCACAUGCAGGGAGGUGUGACUAGAGCUACAUAAACAUUGAAGUGUUCUGGGUGCACUGUCCCUGUCCCGGUAACACUGCAAUGUAAGACACUGCAGUUUUAGAGAAAUUGCAAUGUUAGCAUUGCGGGGUUAUGACUGCCUCUAGUGGUAGUCUUCUAUGACGUUCUCGGAUCGCUCUGACAUUGAAUGCUUUGAUGAGAGUUCAUUAAAGGAACACUAUAGUCACCUAAAUUACUUUAACUAAAUAAAGCAGUUUUAGUGUAUAGAUCAUUCCCCUGCAAUUUCACUGCUCAAUUCACUGUCAUUUAGGAGUUAAAUCACUUUGUUUCUGUUUAUGCAGCCCUAGCCACACCUCCUCUGGCUAUGAUUGACAGAGCCUGCAUGAAAAAAAAAAUGGUUUCACUUUCAAACAGAUGUAAUUUACCUUAAAUAAUUGAAUCUCAAUCUCUAAAUUGAACUUUAAUCACAUACAAGAAGCUCUUGCAGGGUCUAGCAAGCUAUUAACAUAGCAGGGGAUAAGAAAAUCUUAAUUAAACAGAACUUGCAAUAAAGAAAGCCUAAAUAGAGCUCUCUUUACAGGAAGUGUUUAUGGAAGGCUGUGCAAGUCACAUGCAGGGAGGUGUGACUAGGGUUCAUAAACAAAGGGAUUUAACUCCUAAAUGGCAGAGGAUUGAGCAGUGAGGCUGCAGGGGCAUGUUUUAUACACCAAAACUGCUUCAUUAAGCUAAAGUUGUUCAGGUGACUAUAGUGUCCCUUUAAGUGUGGAAUUUUUUUUAUUUUUUAAACCCUUUAUUCCCAAGGGAGGAGGCCACUGGGGCAGAGGGACACUUUAGUCUUAUGAAUACACCUUUGUAUUCAUAAACUAUAGUGUUCCAAGAACUCCACUAUAACUCAUUAAGCAGUGAGAGUGCAGAGGCAUGAUCUAUAACAACUCCUUUAAGCCAAAGUUGUUUUGGACCCUACAGUGUUCCUCUAAUGGGGAAAGCACUAUAGCCACUAAAUGACCCAUCUGAUUACUGGGCAAUGGGCAAACAGGGUCUGGGGGGGGUGGGGGGGGAGCAUUUUAUUUAUUUAUUUUGUUUGUUUCCAACAUUUCAAAGGGAUGUCUAUAAAAGAAGAACUAGUUAUUUUUAAAGUGCAGUGGCUCUUUAAUAGUGAUACAUUUAUUGUAAUCACAUAAUAAUCCUAUAUUUGUAAUUCGUAAUACGAAAAUAUAGGUAAAAUCCCACAAUACAAAUAACAUGUCUUGGAGUUAUUUCCCCCCCACCCUUGAAUUUCAGUAGGGUCAGCUCAGGAUUCAGUGAUACCUGUUCAGAUUUUGUAUGGCAGCAGUGUAAGAGUCUAACUCACAGACUGACACAAUUGUUUUCAAAGAACAUUUUUUAGGGACACUGUUUUAAUGUUAAUAAAUUCUCAUCAUUGGGGGUAAAAAAAAUUAACACUUCCUUAUUUUUCUAGGGUCAGUCUGGCCACAGACAUGGAAAUAGAGGUAAGAAGACGGCUAAGAAAGCAGCCUCCACAGAUCUGUGUGCAGGAGAGCCAGGUGAGUACAUUUUUAGUUUUCUUGUGUUUUGUUUUUUUCUAUUAACCCACUAGCUAAACUUAGGGAUCAUAAUUAUAAUUUAUUAUUUUUUAUUAUUGUGGGGUUUUUUUUUUUUUUUAUUCAUCUAUACAGUAAGGGAGGAUUUCAAAAUUGGUAUUUCCGAAUAGCUAGAUUUAUUGAACCCUUGAUUUUCCUUCUAACUCAGUCUCUGGUUUAUUGCUAAAUGUAGCAGUGAUGAGUAUGCACCAUAUGUUAGUUAUUAUAACUGUGGAGUGUAUAGUAAAGACCAAAACUAAACUACUCUAGUAUACGUCACCAUUUAUCAGUGGUUAAUCCUUAGAUAAAUGUUUACCAAACUUUUUAACACACUUGAUAUUCCUACCAUUUCAGCUGUUGGAAAAGUUCUAGAAAUAACAGAACUGCCAGACGGAAUAAGCCGCAAAGAUGCUGAAAUGCUUUUUGGAGAACUGUUCAAAACUGGCGCCAGGAUCCGAUGGCUAAGGGACCCCCAUUCCCAACAGACUCCUCAUCAUUAUCACCAACAUUAUUGCGGAACGAGUGAUAACCACGCAAGCACUGAACAUCCAAAUUCAUCCCAAGAUUUAGCUUCUACAUACACAAUAGUAGCUACUUUUCCUACAGUAUCAGCAGCUCAAAGUGCUUUCAAGAAACAAAACAACACCUUAAUGAGCAAAUUUAGACUGAGAACAAGCAGAAAGCACUAUGAUUUUCAUAUUCUAGAAAGGGCGAGUUCUCAGUAG